AAAAUCAACACUGCCAAAUUGAUAAAUUAUUAAAAAUAAAAUAGAAACGGAUACAUAAAUUAGAUCUAUUGUGUAUGUGUUAAUCCAUCUUUCUCGAGAAGAAAAAGAGAAAAAACCAUAAAAAUCACACUGAAUCAUCUAAAAAGAUUUCCUUGGAGAAAUGAUAUUCAAAAUAAUAUAGGUAAGCACACACAAAAGUCUAAAACUGCUCUUCCACAUAAAUGUUUGAAUCCAAUAAGCCUCAUGCAAAAAUGAAAAUAUUUUUGCCACUAGUCACGUGGAUAGUGCUACUUUCGAGUACGGCAUAUUCACAACAAUUAUCAUAUAAAACAAAAAAUAGUCGAUUUAGAGGUGAAGUGUUUUUUCUAAAUCUAGAAGAUGGCUACUUUGGCUGCCAAGUUAAUGAGUCAACAGAUUAUUUACAAUUAUACGAAUUAUCGAAAUUAUGCGACGGAAAGCAAGAUUGUUUUCUUGGUUCCGAUGAGCUGAGUAAAGAGCUUAAAUGCACAAAUGACUGUGAUAAAGAUGGCACACAGUGUACGAAUGGUGUGUGUUUAAAUGGCGUCUGCCAUUGCAAUGACGGAUACGGAGGUUGUAAUUGCAACGUUCAAGAUGAGAACGAGUGCAAAUACCGACCGUGUGAUGUCUUUUCGCACUGCACGAACACACUCGGCAGUUUCACAUGUACCUGUUUUCCUGGCUAUCGAGGCGAUGGUCUUCAUUGCGAAGAUAUUGAUGAAUGUCAAGAUCCAUCGAUAGCUGCACGAUGUGUGGAAAAUGCAGAGUGUUGUAAUUUACCAGCACAUUUCUUGUGCAAGUGUAAAGAUGGCUAUGAAGGUGAUGGUGAAGUUCAAUGUACAGAUAUCGAUGAAUGUCGAAAUCCAAAUGCAUGUGGUAAGAACGCCCACUGCAUCAACACACCUGGCAACUUCACGUGUGAAUGUCCCGAGGGAUUCUUGGGCAAUCCCUUCGACGGAUGCGUCGAUGUGGACGAAUGUACAUACCCGAAAGCCUGCGGACCUCGAUCAAUCUGUAGUAACCUGGAAGGCAGUUAUCGCUGCGACUGCCCGCCAGGCUAUUUAGGUGAUGGCCGGUCCGAGACGGGUUGUAUUGAUGAAGACGAAUGUGCCCGUUUGCCAUGCGGUCGCAAUGCCCAAUGUUUAAAUACCGACGGUAGUUAUAAGUGUUCCUGUCCUGAUGGAUAUCAGGGUGAUCCGGCUAUAGGCUGUGAAGACGUCGAUGAAUGCUCUAACAAUCCCUGUGGCUUGGGUGCUGAAUGCGUUAAUUAUGCGGGAGGCUUUGAGUGUCGCUGCUCCGAGGGCUAUACACUUGAGGACAAUGUGGACUGCAUUGAUGUGGAUGAGUGUGCCCGUGAAAAUGCUUGUGGACUUAAUGCUAAGUGCAUUAAUUUCCCUGGCUCUUAUAAAUGCCUUUGUCCGACAGGAUAUCGUGGUCAGGGACAUUUAUACUGUGAAAAUAUUAACGAAUGCCAGGAUAAUCCUUGCGGUGAAAACGCCAUCUGUACUGAUACAAUAGGAAGCUUCGUCUGUACAUGCAAAGCUGAAUACACCGGUGAUCCGUUCCGUGGAUGUGUGGACAUUGACGAAUGUGCAACAUUGGAAAAACCAUGCGGUGAUCAUGCGAUAUGUGAGAAUGCCUCACCAGGAUACAAUUGUCGUUGCCCACAAGGUUUCGAUGGUAAACCAGAUCCAAAGAUCGCUUGUGAACAAGUCGAUGUGAAUAUCCUGUGCCGAUCGAACUUUGACUGUACAAAUAAUGCUGAAUGUAUAGAAAAUCAAUGUUUCUGUUUAGACGGAUUUGAGGCGAAGGGAUCGAGUUGUGUUGAUGUUGAUGAGUGUCGAGCUCAUACUGAUGCUUGUGGUCAACGUGCUCAAUGUGUCAAUACAGUCGGUUCAUAUCGAUGUGAAUGCAAUGCUGGUUAUGUUGGACAGCCACCAAAAGUAGCCUGCAAGGAACCAUGUGAGGAUGUACGUUGUGGGGAACAUGCUUAUUGUAAGCCAGAUGGCUCAGAAGCUUAUUGUAUAUGUGAGGAAGGCUGGACCUUUAAUCCUCAAGAUAUCUCAGCUGGUUGUGUGGAUAUUGAUGAAUGUGAUUCAGGAAUUGGACCUUCGGGUCGAUGCGGAACAAAUGCAACCUGUACAAAUACUCCUGGUGCUUUCAGUUGUUCAUGUCCACCAGGAUUUUCGGGAGAUCCAAACACCAAAUGUGUCGAUGUCGAUGAGUGUGCUCGAGGAAAUACAUGUGGAGUUGGAGCUCUUUGCUUGAAUGUUGAAGGUGGAUACACAUGUAAGUGUCCUGAGGGAUCAAUCGCUGAUCCAGAUCCAACUGUACGUUGUGUGAAUAUCGUUACGUGUAAAUCGAAUGAUGACUGUCCUGGUAAUGGUAUCUGUGAUGACGAACAGAGAUGUCUGUGUCCAGAGCCAAAUGUAGGCAAUAAUUGUAGACAUCCUUGCGAGGCUUUGAAUUGCGGUGCUCAUGCCCAUUGUAUGUUGGUUAACGGAAACGCCCAAUGUUUAUGUGCUGAGGGCUACACUGGGGCACCAAAUACUCCAGGAGGUUGUAACGAUAUCGAUGAAUGCAAAGGAAAUCCCUGUCAAGCAGGAGCUGUAUGCACAAACACAGCUGGGGGAUAUUUGUGCCAAUGUCCUGGAGGAUCAACUGGCGAUCCAUAUCGUGAUGGAUGCAAGAUUACCGAAGUUCCUCUAAGCUGCUCAGAUUCAAAUCCAUGCUCGCCAGGAGAGAGUUGCGUGCUUGAUACCUACACUGGAAACGGUGUUUGUAUCUGUCGCCAAGGUUAUGAAAGAGAUUCACAAACUGGUCAAUGCAGGGAUGUUGAUGAGUGCUCACCGUCAAGAAGCAAACCUGCUUGUGGAGUAAAUGCCAUCUGUAAAAAUUUACCAGGCAGUUAUGAAUGUCGUUGCCCACAGGGCUUCAAUGGAAAUCCAUUCCAAGUGUGCGAUGAAUGUCAUACUCCAGAGUGUCAAUGUCAAACUCCAUACAAACUGGUUGGAAAUAGUUGUGUCUUAGCUGGUUGCUCGAAUGGUGAAAAAUGUCCCAAAGGCUCUGAAUGCAUCAGCAUUGCAGGAGGUGUAAGCUAUUGCGCAUGUCCCAAAGGCUUCAGAACUCUUGGAGAUGGAACUUGCAUUGAUGUCAAUGAGUGUACUGAACGCCAGCAAAUUUGUGCCUAUGGAGCUGAAUGCAUUAAUAAUGAAGGAAGUUUCACUUGUAUAUGCCCUGAGGGUUAUCAAGGUGAUCCCUACAAUGGACUUUGUUCACCAGCUCAAAGAAAGUGCUCAGCUGAUCGAGAAUGUGGAACGAAUGAAAAAUGUGUACAACCAGGAGAAUGUGUAUGUCCACCUCCGUUCUUCUUGGAUCCAUCAGAUGAAAAUAAAUGCAAGAGUCCAUGCGAACGUUUCCCAUGUGGAAUCAAUGCCAAAUGUACACCAACAGAUCCACCACAGUGCAUGUGUGAAGUUGGAUACAAGGGUGAUCCAUUGCAAGGAUGUGUCGAUGAAGACGAAUGUGCAAAGACUCCAUGUGCCUAUGGAGCUUACUGUGCAAACAAGAAGGGAGGAUAUCAAUGUGUUUGCCCGAAGGGCUUGACCGGUGAUCCUUACAAGAGUGGAUGCAUCCUUGAAGAAGGGUCAGUAAAGAGCACAUGCAAUGUCAAUGAAGAUUGUGCCGAUAAUUUAGCCUGUGAUCAUGGCAGCUGUGUAAGUCCUUGCACCAGUUUACUUUGUGGUCCAAAUGCAUUCUGCGAACCGGAAAGUCAUGCUGGAUGGUGUAGAUGCCGUGUGGGUUAUUUCGAAAGCCCCAGCGGUGAAUGUGUGUCACAAUGCAAGGGAAUUAUAUGUGGCGAAGGAGCACAGUGUAUACCAACAUCAGAGGGACCAACUUGUAAGUGUCCUCAAGGUUACUUGGGAAAUCCAUUCCCAGGAGGAAACUGUUAUACUGAUCAAUGUUCAGCCACAAGGCCAUGUAGUGAUCCACAAGUUUGUAUCAAUGGAAGAUGCAAAGAGCGAUGCGAGAAAGUUGUAUGUGGAAUCGGAGCUACAUGUGACAAGACAAGUGGAAAGUGUGUCUGUGAGGCCAAUUUCGUUGGAAACCCAGACCUUGUUUGCAUGCCACCAGUUUCAUAUGCUAAAUGUGAACCAGAUUGUGGAGAGAAUGCUCAUUGUGAAUACGGAUAUGGAGCCAGCUAUUGUGCCUGUAAUCCAGGAACCAGUGGAAAUCCUUAUGAAGGCUGUGGAGCACAAAAGAAGAGCACAUGUGGCCCAGAUAGCUGUGGUUCCAAUGCUGAAUGCCGUUCAGAUGGAUCUAGAAUUGUGUGUGAAUGUCCACCAGGCUUUACCGGAAACGGCUAUAUUGGAUGCCAUGACGUUGACGAAUGUUUGAAUAAACCAUGUGGCCAGAAUGCCGUAUGCUUAAAUGCUCCAGGAAGUUUUGACUGCUUAUGCAUGUCCGGGUUUGCUGGAGAUCCAUUCAGCAGUUGCCAACGUGUUGACACAACUUUCUGCUCACAAGCUUCAGGCUGCAAAUGCGGACCAAAUAUGGAAUGCCCAGAUGGCUUUAGCUGUGAUCAAGGGAAAUGUAAAGAUUUAUGUACCAAAGCAGCAUGCGGCCCAAGAGCUGCCUGCAAUGAAGGACAAUGUCUUUGUCCGCUUGGGUACCAAGGAGAUCCCUAUGAUAAACAAAAUGGAUGCACAAUUCGAGGACAGUGUAAUAAUGACGCAGAUUGUAAGCAAUCCGAAAUUUGCUUCCAACUUGGACGGGGCCUGCGGAAAUGUGUUGACGGGUGUAGUAAAAUUCAGUGCGGGCCAAAUGCCUUAUGUGUUUCAGAUGAUCACCGAUCAACCUGUAUAUGUUCUGAUGGUUACUUCGGAAAUCCCAGCAAUCUGCAAGUUGGAUGUCAGCCAGAGCGUAGUAUUCCACCCAAGGAAGACGAAGAUCUCUGCAAAACCGAUCGCGAUUGUGAAAACGGAUUUGUUUGCAAUACAGAACCAUCUGGUAAAAUGUCCUGCGUACAUCUUUGUUCCACCGUCAUAUGUGGAACAAAUGAAUUAUGUCAAAUUGAUGGUAGUGGUCAUCCUGUGUGUAGUUGUCGAGAUAGUUUUACUUGGAAUCCUGUUUCUUCGUCUUGUGAGAAACCGUCGAUUCCGGAUUGCACAAACGAUGCGGAAUGUCAAUCGAAUGCCGCUUGUAGACAGGAUGUCCUUGGUGUGCUCAAGUGUGUUUCAAUAUGCUCUGAAUUUACAUGUCCUGCCAAUUCUGUUUGUGUAGCUAGUGAUCAUCAAGGUAGGUGUGAAUGUUUGCAAGGAUUUGUUGGAAAUCCAAACGAUCGUAAUGGAUGUCAACCUGUGCAGAAGAAUCAAUGUCGAACAAAUGCUGAAUGUUCUGAAUCAGAUGCUUGUGUCAGAACGGGAUCGUCUGACAUUUUGUCAUGUAAGCCAGCUUGUGACAGUGUUCAGUGUGGUCCAAAGGCUAUUUGUAUUACCAACAAUCAUUUGGCUCAGUGUCAAUGCCCACCAGGUCCAUUUGCAGGUGAUCCAUAUGAUCCUUAUCAAGGAUGUAGGAGUGUCCCAUGUGUGUAUAACAUCGAUUGUCCAGCAACUCAACUUUGCAACCGCUUGACUCACACCUGUUACGAUGUGUGCGAUGAAGAGUCAUGUGGUGAAAAUGCCAUUUGCAUUGCUGACGAUCACCGUGCCAUAUGUCAAUGUCCACCUGGAUACAAGGGAAAUCCACUGCCAGAAGUAGAAUGUGUUUCAGUAGGUGGAUGCUCACCAGGAACCUGUCAUCCAACAGCAAUUUGUGAGGUAUCACCAAGUGGACCAGUCUGCCGUUGUCCCACAAACUUUGUAGGAGAACCAACAAAAACUGGAUGCCGCCCAGAGGGACAAUGUCCCAACGGAGAUGCUGACUGUCCAGCAAACUCAAUUUGUGCUGGUGGAAGAUGUAUCGAUCCAUGUGAAAAUGCAUGUGGAGUUAAUUCGGAUUGCAAAGUUAUCAAUCGUAAGGCUGUUUGCACAUGUCCUGUCAAGUUCCAACCGAUCGGUGAAUCUGCCAGGGAUGGUUGUACAAGAUCUGUCUCCAAGUGUCAAAGUGACAUCGACUGCGGUGGAGCUGUAUGUUACAAUGGUCAAUGCCGUGUAGCUUGCCGAAACUCCAACGACUGUUCAGUCGGAGAGAAAUGUCUACAAAGCACUUGCGUUGUACCUUGUUUGGAUCAUAGCCAAUGUGCUAGUGGACUUGCCUGCCUCGAUGGAAUUUGCUCCAUUGGAUGCCGAUCAAACAAAGACUGUGGAAAUGAAAAGUCAUGCAUCAACAACAAAUGUGCUAAUCCAUGUCAAACAGGUGGAGUUUGUGGACCAAAUGCUCUAUGCAACAUGCAUGACCAUCGAAGCUCGUGUACAUGUCCAGAAGGUUUCGAAGGCAACCCUACACCAGAUCAGGGAUGCGUUCGUGUACCAUCGCAAUGUCAAGCAACUAACCAAUGUCCAACAGGACACAUGUGCAUCGGAAAUCAAUGUAACCUGCCAUGUCAGAAGACAUCGGCUUGUGCCAUUGGUGAACGUUGCUACAACAAUGUUUGUGCCAAGGUCUGUUACACUAGUAACAAUUGUCUGCCAGGUGAAAUUUGUAACAAUGACGGAACCUGUCAGCCAGGAUGUGAUUCCGAUGCUGACUGUCCACCAACUGAGCUCUGUCUCACUGGAAAAUGCAAGUGCGCAACAGGAUUUAUCGGAACACCAUUCGGUUGUGCUGAUAUUGAUGAAUGCACAGACAAUCCAUGCCACAAGACAUCUCGCUGUGAGAACCUUCCUGGAUCAUACCGUUGCGUGUGUCCAGAAGGCACAGUUGGUGAUGGAUACAGCCGAGAAGGAUGUGCUAAGCCGAAGGAAUGUUAUAAGAACGGCGAUUGUGCAGAAAGCUUAGCUUGUGUCGAUGGUAAAUGUACUGACCCAUGCUUGACAACAAUUUGUGGUCCGAAAGCAGUUUGCCAUAGUAACCAACAAAUAGGAAACUGUGAGUGUCCAGUUGGACAUCUCGGAGAUCCAUACGAUACAUCUGUGGGAUGCUUCAAGGUCGAAUGUGUGACUAGUGAUGACUGUGCUCAAGAAAAGAGCUGCGAUACUGAAACAAAUCGCUGUGUGAAUCCCUGCGAUGCAACUAAUUGCGGCAAGGGAACUUGUCGUGUGCUCGACCAUCAAGCUUUAUGCUCCUGCCAUGAAGGAUACCAAAUUCAUAAUGGCGGCUCAACUUGUGAAGAUGUUGAUGAAUGCUUGGUUAAUCCCUGCCAUCAUACAGCUUUCUGUCAAAAUCUACCUGGCAGUUUUAGUUGCUCAUGUCCCGAAGGACUUAUUGGCGAUCCUAUUCAUACAGGCUGCCGAGAUCCAAAUGAAUGUCUUACCGAUGCUGACUGUCCCAAUUCAGCAAGCUGUCAAAAUCAACGUUGCAAGAAUCCUUGUGAACGAACUGAUGCAUGUGGAAAGAAUGCCAAUUGCAUUGCUCGUGCACAUGCUGCUGUGUGCUCAUGUGGAUCAAACUUUAGGGGUGAUCCAAGCGUCGAAUGUGUUCAAAUUGAGUGUUCAGAGAAUGAAGACUGUGCUAGCGAAAAAACCUGCCUGGACGCCAAAUGCGUCGAUCCAUGUUCACUGCCAAAUGCAUGUGGUCUCCAAGCUCAAUGUGUCGCUCAAAAUCAUAUUGGAGUGUGCACUUGUGACAUCGGAAAAACUGGAAAUCCACAACUUGGAUGUGUUCCACUUCAGUACUGUAGUGCCGAUUCACAAUGUCCAUCGGGAACUAUCUGUAACAAUGGACUUUGCAACUCAUUAUGUACCACCAACCGAGAUUGUAUAUCCGAUCAGUUAUGUAUCCAGGGAGUCUGUCAGCCAACUUGUAAAUCCAACUCAAGCUGUCCCGAAUUCCAGUUUUGCAACAAUAACAUUUGCACAAAGGAAGUUCUGUGUCGCACAGACGAUGACUGUGCCAUCAAUGAAAAUUGCAUUCUGGAUAACUUUGGAAGAGCCAACUGUCAAGAUGUUUGUAUUGGCCGUGCUAUUUGCGGUCGCAAUGCAGAGUGUACAGCUCGUUCACAUAACGCCGAUUGUGAAUGUAAGGAAGGAUUCUUCGGAGAUCCGAAAUCAGGUUGUAGAAAGAUUGAAUGUAGUUCUGACAAUGAUUGUUCAAAUGACAAAACAUGUGACAACCAUAUGUGUAAGAUUGCUUGUCUGAUUGGGCAACCUUGCGGAGAUAACGCCCUCUGUACGACUGAAAAUCAUAAACAAGUUUGUCACUGUCAACCAGGUUUCACCGGAGAUCCAACAGUUCGCUGCGAUGUUGUCGACUACUGUAAGGAUGCCCCGUGUGGACCUGGAGCUAGAUGUAGGAACUCUAGGGGUUCGUUCAAAUGUACCUGUCCAAUCGGACUUGUUGGUGAUCCAUACAAUGAAGGCUGUCGAACAGCUGUUGAAUGUCAAACCAAUGAGGACUGUCCACCAGCUGCUGAAUGUAGAACUCUAAAUGGAGUUCCUAAAUGUCGUGAUGUCUGCGAGAAUUCCAAAUGUGGUCCUAACGCUGAAUGUGUCCCUAAAGGUCAUGUUGCAAACUGUCUUUGUCGAAAUGGCUACGAUGGCCAACCAUCUGAUCUUGUUCUAGGUUGCCAACCCUUGCCAACACCCUGUCAAGUAACCAGUGACUGUCCAGCUAAUACCUAUUGCUCGGAGAGCAUUUGUAAACCUGCAUGUAUUUUGGAUACCGAAUGUGGAUCCUCAGAGAUAUGUCAAGGUGGUCAAUGUUUGAAUCCAUGUGAUCAACCACAAGCUUGUGGAAUGAAUGCUGAUUGUCAAAUGGGUGUACAUUUGAAACAGUGUUCAUGUCCAGCUGGAUUUACUGGAAAUCCAGAUGUAGAAUGUGUUAGAAUACCAGUUGCUUGCUCAAAUGACCAAGAAUGUGGACCGAAUUACACGUGCAGGGAUUCAAUGUGUUUGCCAUCGUGUGCUGUCGAUCAAGAUUGUGCGCUGAAUGAGAAAUGUCUUAAUGGAAACUGCAUGCUUACAUGCCGUGUUGAUAACGAUUGUUUCUUGGGACAUGUUUGCCUGCACAACAAAUGCGUCUUCGGAUGUCAUGUCGAUGACGAUUGUAGUGCAUCUGAAUCCUGCCGAAAUGACAAAUGCGUCAAUCCUUGCCAUGAAAAUCCCUGCGGUCCAAAUGCUGCUUGUACAGUUUCAAAUCAUCGUGCCUCGUGUACUUGUCUCGAAGGAAUGGUACCAAAUCCAACACCAAAGGUUGGUUGUGUUCGAACACCAGCUGUUGGUUGUACCGAAAACCGAGAUUGUGCUGUUGGUUUGGCCUGUUUCGAAUCACUUUGCCGACCACUUUGCGCUGAUGAUGGUGGCUGUUUGGCCAAUGAACGAUGCUCAAAUGGAGUUUGUAAACCACUUUGCCGACGCGAUGACGAUUGUAGAAAUAGUGAAGUUUGUUUGGGACAAAUGUGCGUCGCCGGAUGUCGAUCAGAUCAGGGAUGUCCUGAUAAUUUGGUUUGCGAGGGACAACAGUGUGUCGAUCCAUGUGACAAUCCAACUGCAUGUGGAACAAAUGCUGAAUGUACUGUUCAAAAUCAUAAGAAACUGUGUACUUGUCCAAAUGAACUGGUCGGUAAUGCAGAUGUUGCUUGCAAAGCUCCAGAAAAUGUAUGUUCCACAAACGAAAACUGCCCACCUUCACAUCUAUGUUAUGGAGGUGUGUGCCAGAGGAAAUGCAGGAAUGACCAGAACUGUCUCAGCGAUGAGAGAUGUAUGCGAGGAAUGUGUCAAACUGUAUGCAAUACAGAUUCAGCAUGUUCAUUGGGACAGAUUUGUGAGAAUCGGGUUUGCCAAAUUGGUUGCCGUAACGAUCUUACCUGCCCAAGUGAUAUGUCAUGUGUUAACAAGAAAUGCAAGAAUCCAUGUGAAGCAAACGGGCAAUGUGGACACUGUGCCACUUGCUUGGUGGUCAACCAUAGCGUUCAGUGCAGCUGUCCCAAUGGAUUUACCGGAGAUGGCCUUACCGGCUGUCUUAUGCCACCACAACGAUGCAAUCCAGGAUGUGAAUGCGAUGAAUCAAAUACAUACUGCGCUCCAAAAUGUAUCCGCAACGAUGAUUGCCAGUGUGGACAGAUGUGCUCGAGAGGAAGAUGCCGUCAAAAGUGCGGUCCCGGAAAACCAUGUCCACUUGGCCAAUUGUGCGAACGAGGAUCAUGCUUGUCGGGAUGCAAAGUCAAUAGCGAUUGCACCACCGAUCAAGUCUGCACAAAGAACCAAUGUGUCAAUCCAUGCACCAAACCAGGAGCUUGUGGAGAGAAUGCUCUGUGUACAGUCUCCGAUCAUCAUGUUCUCUGCUACUGUCCCGAUGGAUUUGAAGGAGAACCAAGUAAGAAAUGCGUUCAAUUUGAAUGUCAUACCGACACCGAUUGUGAAUCGAACAAACGAUGUGAUGAUGGCAAAUGCCGCAAUCCAUGCUUGGAAUAUGGAGCUUGUGGAAUCAAUGCACAGUGUAGAGUUGUAAAUCGUCGUCCACAAUGCUCAUGUCCACCAGAUUUCUUUGGAAAUCCUCAAAUUGAAUGCCAAUCGUUGACCGGAGUUGGAUGUGCAACCAAUCCAUGUGGAGAGAAUUCAAAAUGCAGGGAUGUUCCCGGUGGAUUUGAGUGCUCAUGCAUGGACGGUUGUAUGGGAGAUGCAACAAAGGGGUGCGUUUGUGGAGAAACUCAAGUCAAUGUUUGUCAUGAUCAACCUUGUGGUUUGAAUGCUGCAUGUCGUGUGGCAGAACAUAAUGAACCACAAUGUUACUGUCCAGAAGACUUCCCUAAUGGAGAUGCAUAUGUUCAAUGUUACCUUACACCACCAAAAGAAGACUGUCGUACAAAUGGUUGCAAUGUUGGCGAAUGUGUUCGUCAAGGAUAUGAUUAUAUUUGCAAACAAGACACCGAACAAUGCCAGUCUGACAAGGAUUGUCCAAGCGAGAAGGCAUGCUUACAAGGACAUUGCACCGAUCCAUGUGCAAUGCGUGGUGCAUGCGGCGCAAACGCACUCUGCAAAACCGUCUUCCAUCGACCGCGUUGUUCCUGUCCAAAUUGUUUUAUUGGUCGACCUGAAGUCGAAUGCAAGCCAGAUCCUAAGUGUACCGAUCUAACAACAACAACACCAAGAGAUCCAACUCUUCAAGUUGCAUGCUCAAAUGAUCAAGACUGCCCUGAAAAUCUUCAGUGCAGUCCCUAUGGCCAAUGUACUGAUCCAUGUCAAAGCCCAUCGUUCUCAUGUGAAGGCAAUAAGAAGUGUGAAACUAGACGUCAUCGACCUGUUUGUGUAUGCAAGUCGGGCUUUAUUGUCAACGAAUAUGGAGAGUUGACAUGUGCCCCAGAAAAGCGUGAAUGCUAUCGCGAUGAUGAUUGUGCAUCAAACAUGGCCUGUACAGAGGGUAAAUGUCGAAACCCAUGUAUUGUUCCAGUUGGCCGCCAAGCGGUGUGUAGCGAAAACAAAUCAUGUCAGGUACAAGAUCAUAGACCUGUUUGUAUAUGCAUGAAAGACUGUCAACCAUCGAUAUCGAUAUGCUUGCGAGAUACUGGCUGCCCAACGGGCUUGGCAUGUAGAAAUUAUCAAUGUGUAAAUCCGUGUGAUUUUGCACAGUGCGCCGCCAAUUCACCAUGCAUUGUGGAGGAUCAUAAGCCAAUCUGUAAAUUCUGCCCACCUGGAUUUAUUGCUGAUGCCCGGAAUGGAUGUCAAAAAGAAAUCGGUUGCACGUCUAGCAAUGAUUGCCCUUCGCAAAGGGCUUGUGUUAAUGCAUUGUGCGUGGAUCCAUGCUCAUAUGCAAAUCCAUGCGCUAAAGAUCAAGAAUGUCAAGUCAAACAACAUCAUCCAGUGUGUGUUAAAGUUUGUGAAUGUCAAAGAAGUUCAGAUUGUCGAGGAGACGCUCAAUGCGAUGGAUGUCACUGCUUGCAACAACCUGGAGUCACAACAGGUUGUGAACACUGUCCAUAUGGAACAACAUGCGACCCAACAACUGGUGCUUGCAUCAAAGCAAAUAUAACAACCACUACUACUUCUACUACCACUACCAAUUUAACUGAUGUAACAAGUACAACUACUGCCACUGCUACUACCACCAUAACAUAUGACACUACCCCUAAACCAAAACCUAUCGAUAGGAGUGGUUUUACUACUGAUACUACUAACAUAGAUUAUGAGUCAACAACAACAUCACCAACAACAACUAUGCCACAGCAGACAACGACAACUGGCAUCGAUUAUACUGAAGAUCAUAUAGUUUCAUCGACGGUUCUCUCAAUGGUUGAAGAGGUCUCAACAACCUUAGGUCUAACAAAACCACCAAGGAUUUCAACAACCACAAGUUCAACAGUUGGUGAGAUAACAACUCCCAAGUUGGUAACAGAAUAUCCGCCAAUUGACUCGUUAACUACGACAGAAGAAUCUAUAACCUCGACUAAGAAUCUCACCACGACUGGGGCUCCUACGGAAUCAGGAGUUGAUACUAGUACAAAAACUGGUCCUCCUAAAAGCUAUCGCGAUGGAGAGAAUAACAUCACUGGAACUACUUAUACAACAACUGAGAGUGGUUUUGAAGGAUCAAGCACAACAGUAUCUACUCAGUCUACAAGGGGAGAAGAUGAUUUGACAGGAAGAAUAAGUACUUCCACAAGCAGAAUUAUACCCACCACUCGAGGUGAGAAAGAUACAAUUACAACUGAAAAACCUGUCGAAAGAAUAACUGAACCAAUUGAGCCCAUCACUAUAAGUGGAUUCAAAACGACAUUGAGCCCAACAAGUUCUACAACGGAAACUCAAACCGAAACUGAAACAACACUUGGAGUGGAAUCAACAACACAAGCUGGAAUCACUUCGACUAGUUUCGAAGAGAGAACAACAAUAGGUUCCACAGCUAAAACUGAAGCUCCAACAAGUUCCACUAUGGAAACAAGAACUGAAACAACAGUAAGUGUUAAGGAAACUGAUACAACACUUGAAGUUGAACCAACAACACCAGCUGGAACCACCUCAACUAGUUUUGAGGAGAGAACAACAGUAGGUUCCACAACUUCAGCAAUAGGUUCCACAACCACUACUGAAGGAGUUGGGCUUGAUAUAACCACAACACAAACUCCCUCGACGGUUUCCGAUCAUACUCCAGGGUUUGUAGAAAAUACCAAACGACCAUCAACACGUGGUGACACCUCACUUGAGGUGGAUUAUGAUAAUUUCACCACAAUUAUGUUUAAGAAUUUAACAACUACCGAGAAAUAUGAUACUACAUUAUCUGUGAUAAAUGAUACAACCACUCCCACAAGAGAAACUACAAUGGGCGUUGGACUUGAUAUAGUCACCACAUCGUCGUCCAUAACACCACCGACAGAUGGUGAAACAAAAUCAACAGGCACAGGUGUUGAAACACCAACAACACCCUCAAUCAUUGGAAAAACUAUAACCACCGAAGAAUAUGGUACAACACCACCUGUUGAUGUUGACAUAACCCCGCCUCCGAGAAAAACAACAACUGGUGUGGGUAUAGAUAUAAUAACUACAUCGUCUAUGAUACCAACAACAGGUGCAGGUGGUGAAACUAGAUCAGCCACAGACAUUGAAACACCAACAACACCAACAUUCUUCACAACAACUACAACUUCUGAUGAAGAUUUAUUGAAAACAACUUUGAUGACAACAACUGUUGGUGAUGUGGUUGGAGGAAAGGUUUGUGUCAACAAUACAAAUUGUGGUGUUAAGGAAAUUUGCGUAGCAGGUCGUUGUCGUGUUGUUUGUGAAUCGCAAACUGAUGAUGAUGAUGAUAAUAUUGAUUGUGUUACAGAAUCACCUGGCAAUGCAAAAAUACCUGGACCAUGUCAAUCGAAUAACGAUUGCAUUGAUAAUGAGGCAUGUUAUAUGGGUAUGUGUCAAAAUCCAUGUGAUUUUGCUGAAGUUUGUGCACCGACUGCCAAAUGUGUUGCUAAAAUGCAUCGCCCCAUAUGUUCGUGUCCAAAAGAACAUGAAGGAAAUCCAACAAUCAAAUGUACUCCAUUGGGAACAAUUGAAUGCACUCGUAAUGAAGAUUGUGGCAUAACAGAGGCUUGUAUUGGUGAGAAAUGCCAACAUCCUUGUGAUGUGCAUAAUCCUUGUGCCCUAAAUGCGAUCUGUAUAAAUACAAAUCAUGGUUCCGACUGCAGUUGUGAAGAUGGCUACCAGGGCAACGGUUUUGGUGGAUGUCAACCAGCUCAAGAUCAUAGAUCGGUUUGUCAGUACAAUGAAGAUUGUCCACCGGAUAAGCUUUGUGAUCGAUUGAAUCGACAGUGUGUCAACCCAUGUUUGGAGGAUUCUUGCGGAGAAAAUGCCGAAUGUAUUCCGGCAAAUCAUGGAAUCGAAUGUCACUGUUUCAGUGGAUUCGUUGGAAACGCAUAUGUUGAAUGCCAACGAGUUCAAGGAUGCCGUGCCGAUUCGGAGUGUGAUUCGAAUGAGGCUUGUGUAAAUGGAAAAUGUUCAUCACCAUGCAGAUGUGGUUUGAAUGCCCUCUGUGAUGUGGUCAAUCAUCAAGGUGUAUGUAAAUGCCCGCCUGGAUAUGGUGGAAAUCCUGAAAUUAGCUGUAAUCCUCCAACCAAUCCAUGUGAACCAAAUCCAUGUGGAGUUAAUGCUCUGUGCGAGCUUGAUCGGGGUAACCCUAUUUGCUUCUGUCCCAAGGGUUUGACAGGAAAUCCUUUCAAGAAUUGCAUUCCUGAAGGAGAUGAAUGUUCACCGAACCCAUGUGGACCGAACAGUGGAUGUCGUGUUGUCUCGAAUUCGCCAAUUUGUUUCUGCCUGCCAGAGUAUGAAGGUGAACCACCAAGUGUGCCAUGUGCACUGCCAACCAAUCCAUGUGAUCCAUCACCAUGCGGACCAAACACUCAGUGUACAGUUCUCAGUAAUGGAUUCUCCAAGUGCACAUGCUUACCGAAUUAUGUAGAAAGUCCAAAUACAAUCCGAGGAUGUGUAGCACCUGUCAAUCCAUGCGAUCCAAAUCCAUGUGGACAAGGAGCAGUAUGUGAUUCUGGACGUGAUCCAGUUUGCUUCUGCCCAGACAACAAGGUUGGCAAUCCCUUCAAACUUUGUCAAGAACCAACCGUGACUGUAGAGUUAUGCCGUCCUGGUCCAUGUGGAAGGAAUGCCGAUUGUUAUGUCGUUGGAAACAGGGAACAAUGUUACUGUAGCGCUGGAUUUAUUGGUGAUCCAUACAGUGGAUGUCGCGAACCAACACGUAGUGCUUGUGAGCCAAACCCAUGCGGACCAAAUGCCAUCUGUUCGAUGCGGGACGCAAACGAUCUAAUUUGUACUUGUCCUCAGGGUCUUGUCGGUGAUCCAGCAAGUCCUGAAGGAUGUCAACGAUAUGAAUGCCAAGUUGAUAGUGACUGUGCCAAUGAUAGAGCCUGUAUGGGCUUCAAAUGUUACGAUCCAUGUCCAGGAGCUUGUGGUGUACAAGCAAAUUGCCGUGUGGAAGAACAUCAUCCAGUUUGUACAUGCAAUCCAGGUUUAACUGGAAAUCCAGGAAUUCGCUGCUUCUCACAGGAUACACCAAAGACAUCUAGUAAGAAUCCAUGUCUGCCAAGUCCAUGUGGACUUAACACCGAAUGCAAGGUUAUGAAUAACCGUGCUGUCUGCUCAUGUUUACCAGAAUAUCUGGGCGAUCCACAAAGUGGAUGUCGACCAGAAUGUGUUAUCAAUUCAGAUUGUGGACCAACAAAUGCCUGUAUUGACAGGAAGUGUGUGGACCCAUGUUCGACAAGUGUGUGCGGUAUUAAUGCUUUGUGUAAGGUCAUCCAGCACACACCAACUUGUGCUUGUAUCGAGGGAUAUGUGGGAGAUUCGUUCUUGCAAUGUAUCCCAGUUCUAAAGAAUGUUACCCGUGAUCCUUGUAAUCCAUCACCAUGUGGACCAAGUGAUGUUUGCACAGUUUAUGGAGAUGGAGUCGCACUAUGCGAUCCAUGUUUUGGACCAGAUGCUAUUUAUAAUCCACGUUGUCGCCCAGAAUGUUUGUCCAACUCGGAUUGUCCAUUUGAUAAGGCUUGUGUCAAUCAAAAUUGCUUAGACCCUUGCCCAGGAUCUUGUGGUCACAAUGCACUCUGUUAUGUGUAUGAACAUAGACCAGUUUGUUCAUGCCCACAGGGUCUUUUUGGAAAUCCUUAUGAACAUUGUUCGGCACCAUCACCAGUUUAUCCUUCAAAGGAGGAAACUUGCAAUACUAUCAGAUGUGGUGCCAAUGCUGAUUGUAAGCGUGGUAAAGGAGGUUUGGCAUGUGUUUGUAAGAAGGGAUACUUUGGCGAUCCUCUUGUUGGUUGUCGACCCGAAUGUGUUCUUAAUUCGGACUGUAGUAUGGAUAAGUCAUGUGUUAAUACUCGUUGUGUUGACUCUUGUAUUGGAGUUUGUGGAAUCCAUGCAAAUUGUCGGGUUGUUAAUCAUGCUCCGGUGUGUGUUUGUAAAGAAGGUUAUGCCGGUGAUGCUUUUACAGCCUGUCAUCCAUUCUACCUACCACCAACCGAUAAGAAGGCACCAGUUAAUCCAUGUGAACCAUCACCUUGCGGACCGAACAGUCGUUGCUUUAGCACACCAGAAGGGUAUGCAGCUUGUUCUUGUCUGCCAGGUUACAGAGGUGCCCCACCAGUUUGUCAAGCUGAAUGCGUUGUCAGUUCAGAGUGUCCUCUCAACAAGGCUUGCAUCAAUCAAAAAUGUACAGACCCAUGUCCAGGAACAUGUGGAAUUGGAGCUCGUUGUGAAGUUCUAAAUCAUAACCCAGUUUGUGGCUGUGAAUCAGGCUUUGAAGGCGAUCCAUUUGUAUCAUGUUCACGAAUUCCAGCACCAACUGAAGUUGGACCAACAAAACGUCCCACAAAUCCAUGUUUGCCAUCGCCAUGUGGACCGAACUCAAUUUGUCAAGUCAAACAAGGACGACCAGUUUGCUCGUGUGUUGCCAAUUAUAUUGGAAGCCCACCUUACUGCCGACCAGAGUGUGCACUGAACAGUGAAUGUCCUUUGGACAAGGCUUGUAUUCAAGAGAAAUGCCGUAAUCCAUGUGAAAAUACUUGUGGACUUAAUGCACGUUGUACAGUUAUAUCACACUCAGCUCAUUGUAGCUGUGAUGAAGGCUAUGAAGGUGACGCCUUUGUUGGAUGCUCACCAACUCCAGAAAAACCACGAGAUAGAAUUGAUCCAUGCUAUCCAAGUCCAUGCGGUGAGAACGCAGUUUGUUCUGAACGUGAUGGAGCAUAUCGUUGUUCAUGUAUUGAUCCAUACAUUGGAGAUCCCUACACCACAGGAUGUCGUCCAGAAUGUGUCUAUAACUCGGAAUGUUCAUCGGGACUGGCAUGCAUUAAGCAACAUUGUCGCGAUCCUUGUGUUGGCAAUUGUGGAACCAAUGCCGAAUGCUCGGUGGUGAACCAUGUUCCAGCAUGUAGCUGUCUACGAGGUUAUGAAGGAGAUCCAUUCACCGGUUGCAAACGGGAGCCAACACAUAUAGGUCCUGUGAGUCCAUGUGAACCAUCACCAUGUGGACCAAACAGCUUGUGCCGUGUGAUCGAUGGUCGUCCAACAUGUUCAUGCCAAGUAGGUUACUCCGGAUCACCACCAACAUGCCGUCCAGAAUGUGUUGUUAGUGCUGAAUGUAACCAAAACAUGGCAUGCAUCAAUCAGAAAUGUGUCGAUCCAUGCGCUGGUACUUGUGGAUUCAAUGCCAAUUGUCAAGUUGUCAAUCAUAAUCCGAUUUGCUCAUGUCCAAAAGACUUUGUUGGAGAUCCGUUUGAACAGUGCGUUCGAAAACCAAUUGAACCAGCACCAAAGGUCAAUCCAUGCAUUCCAAGCCCAUGUGGACCGAACGCUGAGUGCCGUGAAAUGGAUAGCCGUGCUGUCUGUACAUGUUCGACUGGCAUGUUUGGUGCACCACCAAAUUGCCGACCUGAAUGUGUUAUCCAUCAAGACUGCCCAUCGAAUCGAGCUUGUAUUCGUCAACGAUGUGAAGAUCCAUGUAUUGGAGCUUGCGGCUUUAAUGCCGUAUGCAGUUCACAAAAUCAUAAACCUAUUUGCUCUUGUAUUGAGGGUCACGAAGGUGAUCCUUAUGCUGGUUGCAAUAUGCGUCAAGUGGUGCGAGAUAUUGUAGAUCCGUGUCAUCCAUCGCCAUGCGGAUCAAAUGCUAUUUGUAGAGAACGAAAUGGUGCUGGUUCAUGUACUUGCAUGCAAAAUUACUUUGGUGAUCCUUAUUUGAACUGCCGUCCGGAAUGUGUCCAAAAUUCCGAUUGCCCUCGCCACAAAUCUUGUGGAAAUAUGAAAUGUGUGGAUCCGUGUGUAGAUUUGUGUGGCAUUAAUUCAGAAUGUCGUGUAAACAAUCAUUUGCCUGUGUGUAGUUGUUCACCAGGUUAUACAGGAAAUCCUUUAAGAAUUUGUCAUUUGAUACCUGAGACUAAAGCAGUUGAACCUGUUAGAAAUCCUUGUAGACCGUCGCCAUGUGGGCUGUAUAGCACAUGUCAGGUUAAUGCCAAUAGGCCGGUUUGUUCUUGUCUUCCUGAUUACAUUGGCAGUCCGCCAAAUUGUCGACCUGAGUGUGUUAUCAGCUCAGAGUGUGCAUCGGACAAGGCAUGCAUCAAUCAACGCUGCCGAGAUCCCUGUCCGGGAACUUGUGGAAACAAUGCUAGAUGUAGGGUUACGAAUCACUCGCCGAUAUGCACUUGUGCUAGGGGCUAUACAGGUGAUCCGUUCACACUGUGUGUUCCUGUGAUAACUCCACCAAUCGUAAGACAACCAUCAAAUCCAUGUGUUCCAUCACCGUGUGGAUCGAACUCCCAAUGUAAGGUUGCCAGCACUGGAGCUGUGUGCUCUUGUGUGGCAAACUACAUUGGCAGACCUCCAAACUGUCGACCAGAAUGUACCAUCAAUUCAGAAUGUCCCUCACACUUAGCCUGUAUGAAUACACGUUGUUCUGAUCCAUGCAUUGGUUCUUGUGGAUCGAACGCAGUAUGCUAUGUUCGAUCGCAUGCACCGAUUUGUAUGUGUAAUCAAGGUUUUACCGGUGAUCCGUUCUCCGGAUGCUUCCGCGAUAUUCCACGACCACCUGAAAAAGUCAUGCCCUGCAAUCCAUCUCCAUGCGGCUUGAAUGCCGUUUGUCAAGAACGCAAUCGAGCUGCUUCUUGUAAAUGCAUCCCUGAAUACUUUGGAGAUCCUUAUGUUGAAUGUAGGCCAGAAUGUGUCAUUAACACGGACUGUGUUAAAUCCAAGGCAUGUGUCAACAAUAAAUGCAUCGAUCCAUGUCCAGGAAUGUGUGGAUAUAACGCCGAAUGCGGUGUAGUCAAUCAUUCACCACACUGUGACUGUCUGCCGGGAUAUACCGGAAAUCCAAUUAGUGGAUGCCAUCUGAUACCACAAGAACCUAUCAUUCCAAUUGUCCGGACGAACCCUUGUCAACCCAGCCCAUGUGGAUUGUAUAGCAACUGCCGUGCUGUCAAUGACCAUGCGGUGUGCUCGUGCAUAGCGUCUUAUAUUGGCGCUCCACCAAACUGUCGCCCAGAAUGUAUGUCCAGUUCCGAAUGUCCUCAGGAUCGAUCUUGCAUCAAUCAACGCUGCAAAGAUCCAUGUCCUGGGACAUGCGGACUGAAUGCAAAUUGUAGAACUGUCAAUCAUAAUCCGAUAUGCACGUGCAUGCCGGAAUUCACUGGAGAUCCAUUCCUGCGCUGUAUAUACGAAGAAAAGAAAAUCAUUACCUAUGCUAAGGAUGUAAAUCCGUGUGUGCCAAGCCCAUGCGGGCCAAAUUCACAAUGCCGGGUGGUUGGUCAAAACGAACAUGCCAUAUGUUCAUGCUUGCCGAAUUAUAUUGGACGCGCUCCCAACUGUCGCCCAGAGUGUACAUCGAAUUCUGAAUGUCCUGGCAAUCGGGCUUGCAUCAAUCAAAGGUGUCAAGAUCCGUGCGUUGGGACAUGCGGUUCGUUUACAACUUGCACUGUAAAUAAACAUAGACCUGUAUGCCGGUGUAUCGAUCAUUUUACGGGUGAUCCAUUCUCUGGUUGUAGUCCAAUAAUUGAAAUUCCACCGGAAAAAGCUGAACCAUGUAACCCAUCACCAUGUGGAGCAAAUGCCAUUUGUAAAGAACGAAACGGAGCUGGUUCAUGUACUUGCUUACCGGAUUACUCAGGUGAUCCGUAUAGCGAGUGUCGACCAGAGUGUGUCUUGAAUUCUGAUUGUGCUAAGAACCGAGCAUGUGUUAAUAAUAAAUGUCGCGAUCCAUGUCCUGGAGUUUGUGGAGUUGCCGCUGAAUGCCAUGUCAUCAAUCAUGCUCCAAGUUGUAGUUGUCCAUCAGGUUUUACUGGAAAUCCUUCGGAAUAUUGUCGCGAAAUUCAAAUUCAACGAACUCCUGUCGAACCAUGUCGACCAUCACCAUGUGGCCCAUAUAGUAAUUGUCGCGAAGUUAACGGGCAUGCAGUUUGCUCAUGCCUUCAAAAUCAUAUUGGUUCACCGCCAGCUUGUCGACCAGAGUGUUCUGUUAGUUCCGAAUGCUCUCAAGACAAGGCUUGUGUGAAUUUGCGCUGUGUAGACCCAUGUCCGGGAACUUGCGGCCAUCAGGCCCUAUGCAAGGUUACCAAUCACAACCCAAUUUGUUCUUGUCCACCAACUUACUCUGGUGAUCCAUUUAUACGAUGCAUCAAAGAAGAAAUUGAACAAACACCUGCUGUUCGUCAAGGAAAUCCUUGUGUACCCAGCCCUUGUGGGCCAAAUUCACAAUGUCGGGAAGUUCGUGACACCCCAGUGUGUUCGUGUCUUCCCAAUUUUAUUGGUCGAGCACCAAAUUGUCGCCCUGAAUGUACCAUCAAUUCUGAAUGUCCAGCUAAUCUUGCUUGUGUCAAUGAUCGUUGCAAGGAUCCUUGCCCGGGAUCAUGUGGCUUCAAUGCCAUUUGUAACGUGGUCAAUCACUCACCGAUUUGUUCAUGCAAAUCAGGUUUUACUGGUGAUCCAUUCUCUGGAUGUAAUCCUAAACCUAUUGAAAUCCCAACCGAAAACAUCAGCCCUUGCAAUCCAUCACCAUGUGGACCGAACGCUCAGUGUAAGGAACGAAACGGAGCUGGUUCAUGCACUUGUCUCGAUGAAUACUUUGGCGAUCCGUACAGCGGAUGUCGUCCUGAAUGUGUCACAAAUAGUGACUGUCCAAAGGAUAAGUCCUGUAACAACAACAAAUGCAUCGAUCCUUGUCCAGGAGUUUGUGGACGUAACGCGGAGUGUAACGUUGUCAAUCAUUCUCCCAACUGUGCUUGUCUGCCAGGUUUUACUGGAAAUGCACUAAGUGCAUGUCAUGAGAUUCAAACUCCACCUGAACCAAGAGUCCCAGAGAAUCCAUGUGUUCCAUCGCCUUGCGGAGCCUACAGUCAAUGUCGCGAAAUCAACGGUCAUGCUGUGUGCUCCUGUGUGACUAAUUUUGUUGGUUCACCACCAAACUGUCGGCCAGAGUGUGUCGUCAGUUCGGAAUGUCCACAAGAUAAGUCAUGUGAAAAUCAAAAAUGUAUUGACCCAUGCCCGGGCACAUGUGGCCCUGAGGCACGCUGUCAAGUUAUCAAUCAUUAUGCUGCAUGCUCCUGCCCUCCGGGUUAUACCGGAGAUCCUUUCAAUCGAUGUGAAAAAAUUAUAUUCAAACCUGAUAUCCCAACUGGUAAUCCUUGUGUGCCGUCUCCAUGUGGUCCCAACUCGAAAUGUAUCGAAGUUGGUGGCUCACCUGCAUGUUCCUGUCUAUCAAAUUAUAUUGGACGUCCGCCAAAUUGUCGACCCGAAUGCAUUAGCAGUUCGGAAUGUCAAGCCAAUUUGGCGUGCAUCAAUCAAAAAUGUAGUGAUCCAUGUGCGGGAGCUUGUGGUAUACACACUUUGUGUAAUGUCAUUAAGCAUAAUGCUCAAUGUCAAUGUGAAAGUGGGUAUACCGGUGACCCAUUCUCGGGAUGUUCCUUCAUUGAAAGAAUUCAACCAACAGACGAACCAAGGAAUCCAUGUAAUCCAUCACCAUGUGGAGCUAAUGCCGUUUGUCGGGAACGAAACGGAGUCGGAUCAUGCUCAUGUUUGCCAGAAUACUUUGGUGAUCCGUACAGCGGUUGCCGACCAGAAUGUGUCCAAAACUCUGACUGCGAUCGGACAAGGGCUUGCAUCAACAACAAAUGUCAAGAUCCAUGCCCUGGAGUAUGUGGCUUGAAUGCCGAAUGUAGGGUUUUGAACCAUGGCCCAAGUUGCUUGUGUAUUGAAGGUUAUACCGGAGAUGCCCAUAGCGUUUGUCGUAUUAUUGAAACAGUGACAGAAGCACCAACAAAUCCUUGUCAACCAUCACCAUGUGGAUCGUAUAGUCAAUGUCAUGAAGUCAAUGGACACGCUGUAUGCUCAUGUAACGAAGGUUAUAUCGGAGCUCCACCAAAUUGCAAACCAGAAUGCGUUGUUAGUUCGGAAUGUCCACAAAAUCGAGCCUGUAUCAAUACAAAAUGUAACGAUCCAUGCCCGGGAACUUGUGGAUCGAGUGCAAGAUGCCAAGUUGUCAACCAUAACCCGAUUUGUACAUGUCCACCUGGAUUAACAGGUGAUCCAUUUGUAUCAUGCAUCGAACAGAUUGAUGAAACUCGCGAUCCACAAAAUCCAUGUGUACCAUCACCGUGUGGACCGAACUCGCUGUGUCGCGAAAUUGGAGAUCAGGCAGCUUGCUCAUGUCAAGCCAACUAUGUAGGCCGUCCACCAAAUUGCCGCCCAGAAUGUACCAAUAAUGAUGAAUGUCAAAAUAACCUAGCUUGUCAAAAUGAACGUUGCCUUGAUCCUUGUCCAGGAUCAUGUGGUAACAAUGCUAUUUGUAAGGUUGUUCAACACAAUCCAGUGUGUACAUGCCCAGAUGGUUUUGAAGGCGAUGCUAUAUUGGGAUGUACUCAGAUUAUUCAAAAGAUUGCUACCGAAGCACCAAGUACUCCAUGCGAUCCAUCACCAUGUGGACCGCAUGCUGAAUGUCGGGAACGAAAUGGUGCCGGAGCAUGCUACUGUCAUGAAGGAUUCGAAGGAAAUGCAUACGAUACCGAUCGUGGAUGUCGCAGAGAAUGUGAGAUCAAUGAUGACUGCCAGCUUAUGCAAGCUUGUGUCCGCUUCAAGUGCGUCGAUCCUUGUGAUAACAUUUGUGGAGAACGUGCUAUUUGUGGAGUGGAAAACCAUGUUCCAACUUGUACGUGUCCACCUGGGCUCACUGGGGAUCCGUUCUUCCAGUGCAAAGAAAUUCCAGUUUUUGUUCGGGACAAUCCAUGUGUGCCAUCACCAUGUGGACCAAAUAGUAUUUGCAGAUACAUCAAUGAACAAGCUGUGUGCUCUUGUCAAAGUGGAUUCAUUGAUCAACCACCAAAUUGUAAGCCAGAGUGUGUUGUCAGCUCAGAAUGUUCGCCAGAACGAGCUUGUAUCAAUAACAAAUGCGUCGAUCCAUGCCCACACACGUGUGGAAUUGGAGCUUUGUGUACUACUAAAAACCAUAGCCCGAUUUGUACAUGUCCAAGAGGUCUAACUGGAGAUCCAUUUGUCCAAUGCAUGAAAAUUCCAAUCAUCACUGAACCAGAGCCAACAGAACGUCCACCAUCAUGUGUACCAUCACCAUGUGGACCAAACUCUAAAUGUCAAAUAGUAGGAGGAAGUCCAGCUUGCUCUUGUCUGCCAGACUUUAUUGGAAGUCCGCCAAGUUGUCGACCUGAAUGUGUUCUUAACUCCGAAUGUGGACCUACCGAAGCAUGUAUCAAUCAGAAAUGCCGUGAUCCAUGUCCAGGAUCUUGUGGAUUCGAAGCCAAAUGUCAUGUUCUCAAUCACGUUCCAAUAUGUAAUUGCAUUGAGGGUUAUACCGGAGAUCCAUUUGUCCGUUGCAACAUCUUACCACCUUCAACUAUGAAACCACUAUUAGCUGAUCCAUGUAAUCCAUCACCAUGUGGACCAAAUGCCGAUUGCUUUAAUGGAGAAUGUCGCUGUCAAGAUAAUUAUCAAGGAAAUCCUUAUGACGGAUGUCGCCCAGAAUGUACCCUUAGCGCUGAUUGUCCCAGAGAUAAGGCUUGUUUGCGCAACAAGUGCGUUGAUCCUUGCCCUGGAACUUGUGGCCUUAAUGCACGUUGUGAAGUUAUUGCUCACAUACCAGUUUGCUCAUGUCUUGAUGGUUAUGAAGGCGAUCCGUUCACAAGUUGUCGACAGAAAGCACCUACAGAAACCACCAGGACACUUCCAUGCUCGCCAUCUCCAUGUGGAGCUAACAGUCAAUGCCGGGAAGUCAACGAGCAUGCUGUUUGUUCAUGCCUUGACGGUUAUAUUGGAGCGCCACCACAAUGUCGACCAGAAUGCGUCAUCAAUAGCGAAUGCUCAGCUACUCAGGCUUGUGUCAAUAAGAAAUGUGUUGAUCCAUGCAGUGGAUCAUGUGGAAUAGAUGCACGUUGUGAGGUCAUCAAUCACAGUCCAAUUUGUGGAUGUCCACCUGGAAAAACUGGCGAUCCAUUCAAACGCUGCUCUGACAUACCUGCCACACCUAUUGAGAAAUACGAUCCUGAAACUCCAACAGAUCCUUGUGUCCCAUCGCCAUGUGGACAGAACUCGAUUUGUCGGGCUGGAUCAAGUGGACCAUCAUGUCAAUGUUUGCCAGAAUUCAUCGGAUCACCACCAAACUGCCGGCCAGAGUGUAUCAUCAAUCCAGAUUGUGCAUCAACACAGGCUUGUAUCAAUAACAAGUGCCGUGAUCCAUGUCCAGGAUCUUGUGGAACAAAUGCCGAAUGUCGCGUCAUCAGUCAUACAGUUUCAUGUUCGUGUCCAAUGGGCUUCGGUGGAAAUGCAUUCGUGCAAUGUAUUCCCCAAAAAAUCGAAGAAGUCAAACCAUGUGAACCAUCACCAUGUGGUGCGAAUGCCGAAUGUAUCGAACGCAAUGGAGCUGCUUCGUGUAAAUGCAUCGAUGAAUACCAAGGAGAUCCAUACGAAGGAUGUCGACCAGAAUGUGUCCUCAGCUCAGAUUGUCCAACCGAUAAGGCUUGCAUCCGCAACAAGUGUAAGGAUCCAUGCCCAGGUGUCUGUGGACAAAAUGCCGAAUGUUACUCUGUCAAUCAUUUGCCGAACUGUGUUUGUAUCACUGGUUACUCAGGUGAUCCGUUUACAUCAUGUCACCGAGAAGUUAUACCAACAACUCCACCAAUCACAAACCCAUGCAGUCCAUCACCAUGUGGACCGAAUAGCAAGUGCCGUGAGGCAAAUGGUGUUGCUGUAUGCUCAUGCUUGGAUGCUUACAUUGGGGCACCGCCAAAUUGUAAGCCCGAAUGUACCGUCAAUGCUGAAUGUCCACAAAACAAGGCAUGCCAUAAAUUUAAAUGUGCCAAUCCAUGUGCUGGAACAUGUGGUAUCGAAGCCAAGUGUGAAGUUAUCAAUCAUAACCCAAUUUGCAGCUGUCCACUUGAUAUGACUGGAGAUCCGUUUACGAGAUGUUAUCCAACACCAAUUUCCAAGGAAGAGAAAACACCAUCACGACCAGUCAAUCCAUGUGUACCAAACCCAUGUGGAUUGUAUUCAGAAUGUCGAUCAAAUGGAGAGACUCCAUCAUGCUCAUGUCUGCCAGCUUACAUUGGUUCACCGCCAAAUUGUCGACCAGAAUGUAUUGUUAGCACAGAUUGUGCUCCAGAUAUGGCUUGCAUCGCUGAAAAAUGCCGUAAUCCAUGUGAAGGUUCCUGUGGAAUCAAUUCAGAAUGCCGCAUACAAAACCACAUUCCAAUUUGCACGUGUAGAUCAGCAUUCACUGGAGAUCCAUUCAGCCAAUGUGUGGAGAUCAUUGAAGUCCAGCCAGAACCAACAAGGCCAACAGAUCCAUGUGAUUUGCAGCCUUGUGGAGCAAAUGCCGAUUGUAAUGCUGGAGUAUGUACGUGCCAUCAUGACUACUUUGGAGAUCCUUAUGUUGGAUGCCGUCCUGAGUGUACUCUCAGCACUGACUGCUCACCAAACAAGGCCUGUAUCAAUAGACAUUGCAUCGAUCCAUGCCCUGGAACCUGUGGCGAACAAGCUCAAUGUGAUGUCUCAAAUCAUAUUCCAAUAUGCAGCUGCCCUAAGGGUUACACCGGUGAUCCAUUUAUUCGCUGUCGCCCAGAAAUUAAGGAUGAUAGACCAACUGACCCAUGUAAUCCAUCACCAUGUGGUCCAAACAGCAUCUGUCAUGCGACAGUAUCUGGAGCUGUUUGUGCUUGUCAAGCUGGUAUGCUUGGCUCGCCACCAGCAUGCAAACCUGAGUGUCUAACAAGUUCUGAGUGUUCUCUUCAAACAGCUUGUUUGAAUAAGAAAUGUGUCGACCCAUGUCCUGGAGCAUGUGGCCAAUAUGCCAAAUGUCAAGUUAUCAACCAUAAUCCAGUAUGCAGUUGUAAUGCUGGAUUUACUGGCGAUCCGUUUACACGUUGUUUCGAACAACCAAUUGAGAAAACACCAAUUGAUCCAUGCCAACCGACACCAUGUGGACCGAACUCAGAUUGCAAGGUUAUCAAUGACAGUCCAGCUUGUUCAUGCUUGGAAACAUUCAUUGGAACACCACCAAAUUGCCGACCAGAAUGUACCAUCAAUCCGGAAUGUCCAUCAACUAAAGCCUGUAUUAGACAGAAAUGUGACGAUCCAUGUUUGGGAUCAUGUGGAUUUAAUGCUCGAUGCUCGGUAGCCAACCAUAUGCCGAUAUGUUCGUGUGAUAAUGGCUUUACCGGUGAUCCAUUCACCGGUUGUCAACCAGUUCAAGAAAUCAGUUACGAACAUGUGACUCCAUGUGAACCAAACCCAUGCGGUUCGAAUGCCAUUUGUCGUGAACAAAACGGAAUCGGAUCAUGUCAAUGUCUGCCAGAACACUUUGGAGACCCAUACGAAAGCUGUCGCCCUGAAUGUAUUUUAAAUUCUGACUGUCCUUCGAAUAAGGCGUGUACACAAACUAAAUGCAAAGAUCCUUGUCCGGGAACUUGUGGAGCAAAUGCUCAGUGUCAAGUUGUAAAUCAUAUACCGUCUUGUAGUUGCCGGAUAGGAUAUUCCGGUGAUCCGUAUAGAUAUUGUAACCUUAUACCUGAACAACCUGUUCGCCUGCGAGAACCUUCAAACCCUUGCCAACCAUCACCAUGUGGACCAAAUAGCCAAUGUCGCGAGCUGAAUGGUCAAGCUAUUUGCUCAUGCCUGGAAGAUUAUAUUGGUCUGCCACCAUCUUGUCGACCCGAAUGUGUUCUUAGUACAGAAUGUCCAUCCGAUAAGGCUUGUAUACAACAAAAAUGCAAAGAUCCAUGUCAGGGAACUUGUGGUUUGAAUUCGGAGUGUCGAGUUCGAAAUCACAGUCCAAUCUGUUCAUGUCGUCGUGGAUACACUGGAGAUGCCUUUUCCAGGUGUUUCCCAAUUCCUCCACCACCACCAUCACCACCUGUGAUUAGGUACGAAGCCGAUCCAUGUGCCCCAUCACCAUGUGGCCCUAAUUCUCAAUGUCGUAAUCAAAACAACCGAGCUUCUUGUACAUGCUUGCCCACUUAUAUCGGUGCUCCACCAAAUUGCCGCCCUGAGUGUACGAUCAGUGCAGAGUGUGCCAGUGAUAAGGCAUGCAUUCGUGAAAAAUGCAUUGAUCCAUGCCCGGGGUCGUGUGGAUUGAGUGCCGAUUGUAGUGUUGUCAAUCAUACACCGAUAUGUGUCUGUCCGGUUGGAUAUACUGGUGAUCCAUUUACCAGUUGUGCUCCAGCCCCUCCCGAACCUAUUAUAAGAGAAUCAAUUGAUCCUUGCAAUCCAUCACCAUGUGGAGCUAAUGCCGAAUGUUCAGGAGGUACCUGUCAUUGUUUGCCAGAAUACCAUGGAGAUCCUUACAACGGAUGUCGACCGGAAUGUGUCCUCAACUCGGAUUGUUCAAGGGACAAGGCUUGUGUUCGCAGCAAAUGUGUGAAUCCUUGCCCUGGAACUUGUGGAACCAAUGCCAUUUGUGAAGUCAUCAACCACAUUCCUAUGUGCAGAUGUCCUGAAGGAACAGCUGGAAGUGCAUUUAUCCGAUGCAGUCCUGUCACAAAGCCUUUACCCACAAAUCCUUGUCAGCCAAGUCCUUGUGGACAGAACAGUCAAUGUCGUGUUGUUAACCAACAGGCUGUUUGUUCUUGUCUUCAGAAUUAUAUUGGAAGUCCACCUCUGUGUCGCCCUGAGUGUACAUCAAACUCAGAAUGUUCACCAACCGAAGCGUGUCUGAAUCAAAGAUGCCGCGAUCCAUGUCCUGGAACUUGUGGAAUCGGUGCCAGAUGUGCUGUGGUCAAUCACAGUCCAUUCUGUACCUGCCCAGAAAGAUUCAAUGGCAAUCCAUUUGUUAGGUGUCAACCAAUAAUUGAUGAACCAUAUCGGGAAAAAAUCGAUCCAUGUCGACCAUCACCUUGUGGACCUUAUUCUCAAUGUAAUGCCAUUGGUGAUGCACCAUCUUGUUCGUGUCUUGAGAAUUAUAUUGGACGUCCUCCAAGCUGUCGACCAGAAUGUGUCACCAGUUCGGAAUGUCCAAGUAAUCUGGCUUGCAUCAAUCAAAAGUGUAAAGAUCCUUGUCCAGGACGUUGUGGAGUUAAUGCAGAAUGUCGAGUUGUCAGUCAUGCGAUUAUGUGCAUUUGUGUAUCUGGGUAUAUUGGAGAUCCAUUUAUCCAGUGUAAUGUUCCUCCAGCUCAGAUAGAACACAUUGAUCCCUGUCAUCCUAAUCCUUGUGGAUCGAAUGCGGAAUGUAAACAGCGCAAUGGAGCUGCAUCAUGCCAAUGUUUCCCCGACUACUUUGGUAAUCCCUACGAAAGUUGCCGUCCAGAAUGUGUUCAAAAUUCUGAUUGCCCGUCGAAUAAAGCUUGUAUGCAAAAUAAAUGCUAUGAUCCUUGCCCAGGAACUUGUGGACUUAAUGCUGAAUGUCAAGUAAUGAACCAUGUGCCAUCGUGCAACUGCAUCACAGGAUACACAGGAGAUCCAUAUCGAUUCUGUAAUCAGCCAGCCACUAUUAUCACGGAUUAUGUUAACCCCUGUCAACUAACACCAUGUGGUCCCAACAGUCAGUGUCGAGAAGUAAACAGUCAGGCUGUUUGCUCUUGUCGACCUGAAUAUGUUGGAUCACCACCAUCUUGCCGACCUGAAUGUACCAUAAGCUCAGAAUGUGACGCCAAUAAGGCUUGCAUCAAUCAAAAGUGCAAGAAUCCUUGUGAAGACAAGCCUUGUGGCAAUAACGCCGAGUGUCGUGUUCGUAAUCACAGUCCUAUUUGCACUUGCAAAUCGGGCUUCACUGGAGAUGCUUUUACUAGGUGCUUCCCAAUUCCACCACCUCCUCCAGAGAUCUUAAAGCAGGAAAUUCGUGAUCCAUGCCUGCCAUCGCCAUGUGGACCCAAUGCUGAAUGUCGCAACAUCAAUGGAGUUCCAUCGUGCUCAUGCCUCUCUACAUAUAUUGGUGCACCACCAAAUUGUAGGCCUGAAUGUACCAUCAACGCGGAAUGUCCCAGCGAUCGGGCUUGUAUUCGGGAAAAAUGUGUAGAUCCUUGUCCUGGAUCGUGUGGGUUAAAUACCUUCUGUAGAGUCAUCAAUCACACACCAUCAUGUGCUUGUAUUGAAGGAUUCAUAGGCAAUCCGUUUACAAACUGCCAUCCAAAGCCACCAGCACCAACUACCCCACCACCACUUGAUGAUCCAUGUGAUCCAUCACCAUGUGGUCCAAACGCCAAUUGUAAUAAUGGACAAUGUACCUGCAUAGCUGAGUAUCAAGGGGAUCCUUACACCGAGUGCCGUCCAGAAUGUGUUCUGAACUCUGAAUGCCAACUUAACAAAGCCUGUUUACAAAACAAAUGCAAAGACCCUUGUCCGGGAACUUGUGGAAUUAAUGCCCUCUGCGAGGUUAACAAUCACAUUCCUAUGUGUAGAUGUCCUGAAGGAAUGUCGGGCAAUGCAUUCUUCGAGUGUAGACCUGUUCCAAAACCUAUUGCUACCAACCCAUGUCAACCAUCACCAUGUGGUCCAAACAGUCAAUGCCGGGUGGUUCAAGGGACAGCAGUGUGUUCUUGCAUUCCCGAUUAUAUCGGAAGUCCACCUCAAUGUAGACCCGAAUGUACGACAAACUCUGAGUGUCAACCCAAUCAAGCUUGCCAGAAUAUGAAGUGCCGUGAUCCAUGUCCGGGAACUUGUGGAUUCAAUGCCAAGUGUAAUGUUGUUAAUCAUAAUCCAUUCUGUAGCUGUCCCGAUGGAUUCUCUGGAAAUCCAUUUGUUCGUUGUGAACGGAUAAUAAUACCAGUAAGGGAGAUUAAGCCCGUCAAUCCUUGUAUACCAACGCCAUGUGGACCGAACUCUGAAUGUCGUGUUUCGGGUGACAGUCCAUCAUGCUCUUGUCUUCCCUCAUUCAUUGGUUCUCCACCAUCUUGUCGGCCAGAGUGUGUUUCCAAUUCAGAAUGUUCCACAAAUUUGGCAUGCAUCAAUCAGAAAUGUGUUGAUCCAUGCCCAGGGCUCUGUGGAAAUAAUGCCGAGUGUCGUGUUGUAUCUCAUACUGCUAUGUGUAUAUGUGCAACUGGCUUCACUGGAGAUCCAUUUAGUCAGUGUAAUGCAAUUCAAAUCAGAGACGAACCAUUGAAUCCAUGUAAUCCAAGUCCGUGUGGAACCAAUGCAAAGUGUGAAGAACGAGGCGGAGCUGGGUCUUGUCAAUGCUUGCCUGAGUACUUUGGCAAUCCCUAUGAAGGUUGUCGACCCGAAUGCAUUCUCAACUCCGAUUGUCCAUCGAAUCGUGCAUGUCUCCAAAAUAAGUGUAGAGAUCCAUGUCCAGGAACUUGUGGACAGAAUGCCGAAUGUCAAGUUAUCAAUCAUGUUGCUUCAUGUAAUUGCUUCACAGGAUACAGCGGUGAUCCUUAUCGCCUUUGUAAUAUUGAGAAAGAACCCAUUAAAGAGUAUGUCAAUCCAUGCCAACCAUCACCUUGCGGUCCAAACAGCCAAUGUCGCGAAAUCAACAGUCAGGCAGUUUGCUCUUGUCUGCCUGAAUAUAUUGGAAGUCCACCAGCUUGUAGACCUGAAUGUACAGCAAGCUCGGAAUGUCCAGCCGAUAAAGCAUGUGUCAAUAGAAAAUGUGUUGACCCUUGUCCAGGAACUUGUGGACAAAACGCUGAGUGCCGUGUGAGAAAUCAUAGUCCAAUAUGUUCAUGUCGAAGUGGUUUUACGGGAGAUCCAUUCCAACGAUGCUUUAAUAUUCCUCCUCCUCCACCUCCAACUAAAGAAGUCUAUCGCAAUCCAUGUGUACCAUCACCAUGUGGACCAAAUUCUCAAUGUCGGGAAAUCAAUGGAUCGCCAUCUUGCUCUUGUACACCCAAUUUCAUUGGGUCUCCACCAAGUUGCCGUCCAGAGUGUUCCAUUAGCUCGGAAUGCCCAACAAACCAAGCGUGCAUCAAUGAGAAAUGUCGCGAUCCUUGUCCGGGAUCGUGUGGAUUUAAUGCCAAUUGUAAUGUUGUCAAUCAUACUCCAAUUUGUACUUGCUUCGAAGGAUACAUUGGUGAUCCGUUUACUGUCUGUAAUCCAAAACCUGCUCCUGUGGAACCUGAAAUCUUAGAAGAAGAUCCUUGCAAUCCAUCGCCAUGUGGGCCAAAUGCCAUCUGUAAUAACGGUAAAUGCACGUGCAUAGCCGAAUAUCAUGGAGAUCCUUAUACCGGUUGUAGGCCAGAAUGUGUUUUACACACUGACUGUCCCAGAGAACGUGCAUGUAUAAGACACACUUGUGUGGACCCUUGUCCAGGAACAUGUGGACAUAAUGCCAUAUGUGAAGUUAUGAAUCAUAUUCCUAACUGCAAGUGUCCCGAGGGCAUGCAAGGCAAUGCUUUCAUAAGUUGUUCACCAAGUCCAAAAAUUGAAAUCACAAAUCCCUGCCAGCCAUCACCAUGUGGUGCGAAUAGUAGAUGCCAAGAAAUCAAUCAACAAGCUGUAUGUUCGUGCCUUGAACAGUUCGUUGGAAGUCCACCGUUCUGUAGGCCUGAAUGUACAACGAACUCUGAGUGUUCUCUUAGUCAAGCUUGUCUGAAUCAAAAAUGCACCGAUCCAUGUCCAGGAACCUGCGGCGUCAAUGCCAAGUGUAAGGUUGUGAAUCACGUACCAUUCUGCCAGUGUCCUGAGAGAUUCUCUGGCAAUCCAUUCAUCAGUUGCCAACGUAUAAUUGAACCACCUCAACAAGUACCAAAAGCACCCUGCACACCAUCACCAUGUGGACCAUAUUCAGAUUGUCGAGUUGUCGGCGAAUCACCAGCAUGUACUUGUAUCGCCAAUUAUAUUGGCUCUCCACCAAAUUGUAGACCUGAGUGUCUAACAAGCUCGGAAUGUCCAAGCAAUCAAGCUUGUAUCAGCCAAAAAUGUAAAGAUCCAUGCCCAGGGCUGUGCGGAGCUGGAGCUGAAUGCCAUGUCCUUAGUCAUACACCAAGUUGUCUUUGUCCGACUGGCUACCAAGGAGAUCCAUUUGUACAAUGUGUUGCGGUAAGAAUCACACAGCUGGAUCAAGUUGAUCCAUGUCAACCAAACCCUUGUGGAUCGAACGCUGAAUGUAUAAGAAAGAAUGAUGCCGGAGCCUGCCAGUGUCUGCCGGAGUACUUUGGAAAUCCUUAUGAAGGAUGCCGUCCUGAAUGUGUGCUCAACUCAGAUUGUCCAUCGAACAAAGCUUGCCUCCGUAAUAAAUGCACAGAUCCAUGUCCAGGAACAUGUGGACAAAACGCUCUGUGCAAUGUGAACAACCAUGUUCCAUCGUGUGUUUGUAUCACUGGAUAUUCUGGAGAUCCAUAUCGGUUCUGUCAACAAGAACGUGAACCCAUCAAACAAUAUGUUAACCCCUGUCAGCCAACUCCUUGUGGACCGAACAGUCAAUGUCGUGAAAUAAACGAACAAGCUGUAUGCUCUUGUAUGCCAACCUUUGUCGGUAGCCCACCAUUAUGUAGGCCUGAGUGCACAAUAAGUUCCGAGUGUCCAAGCGAUCGUGCUUGCAUCAAUCAGAAGUGUCAAGACCCAUGUCCCGGUACAUGUGGAAAUAAUGCUCUCUGUAGGGUCAACAAUCACAGUCCUAUUUGUAGCUGUAAGCCCGGAUAUACUGGUGAUGCGUUCACUAGAUGUUUCCCAAUUCCUCCUGCCCCACCUGUCAUAAUUCAACGACAACCCCAAGAUCCAUGUGUGCCAUCGCCAUGUGGACCUAAUUCUCAAUGUCGCACUAUCAAUGAAUCUCCAUCCUGCUCUUGUCUUGCCAAUUACAUCGGUGCACCACCAAAUUGUCGUCCGGAAUGUAUGAUCAAUGCCGAGUGUCCAAGCAACCAAGCCUGUAUCAAUGAAAAAUGCCGUGAUCCUUGUCCAGGAUCAUGUGGAAAUGGUGCAGUUUGUAAUGUGAUCAAUCAUACACCAAGUUGUACAUGCCCUGUUGGAUAUACUGGUGAUCCAUUCACCUUCUGUCGACCUGAACCACCACCACCACCACCUGUUCUUGAUGAUCCUUGCAAUCCAUCGCCAUGUGGAGCAAACGCUGUCUGUAAUAAUGGACAAUGUUCAUGCAUUGCGGAAUAUCAUGGUGAUCCUUAUACAGGAUGUCGUCCAGAAUGUGUCCUUAACAGUGAUUGUGCUCGUGACAAGGCUUGUAUCCGCAGUAAAUGCGUUGAUCCAUGCCCUGGAACGUGUGGCACAAACGCGAUCUGUGAUGUCAUCAAUCAUAUACCGAUGUGUAGAUGUCCUGACGGAAUGGCUGGAAAUGCAUUUGUGCAAUGCUCUCCAGUUCCACCUCCAAUCAUUCAAAACCCUUGUCAACCAUCACCUUGCGGUCCAAACAGUCAAUGUCGCGAAGUAAAUAACCAAGCAGUUUGCUCUUGUGUUCAAGGAUUCAUUGGAAGUCCACCAACUUGUCGCCCAGAAUGUACUGCCAAUCAAGAAUGUGCCGCUAAUUUGGCUUGUGUCAAUCAGAAAUGCCGUGAUCCAUGUCCUGGAUCAUGUGGCCGUAAUGCCAAGUGUUCGGUUGUUAAUCAUAAUCCAUUCUGUACAUGUCUUCCACACUUUACUGGAAAUCCAUUUGUGGCUUGCCAGGAAAUCAUAGAACGUCCUGUACAAUCGACUCCAACUGAUCCCUGUCGACCAUCACCAUGCGGAGCAAAUUCGGAAUGUAGAAGUAUUGGAGAAGCACCAUCUUGUACCUGCCUUGAAGGCUUCUUCGGAAGUCCACCAUAUUGUAAGCCAGAAUGUGUAUCAAACUCAGAGUGUGCAAGCAAUCUCGCUUGCAUUAAUCAACGAUGCAAGGACCCAUGUCCAGGACUGUGUGGAUCGAAUGCAGAGUGCCGUGUUGUAAGCCAUACUCCGAUAUGCGUUUGCAGCCCUGGCUACUCAGGGGAUCCAUUUAGUCACUGCGAUAUUGUGAGGCAACUACCUGUAGAAGUUAUCAAUCCUUGUAACCCAAGUCCAUGUGGACCCAAUGCCAAUUGUAUUGAAAGAAAUGGCGCUGGGGCAUGUCAAUGUUUGCCAGAAUACUUUGGAAAUCCUUAUGAAGGUUGCCGCCCUGAAUGUAUGAUAAACUCUGAUUGUCCAACCAAUAAGGCAUGUGUGCAACAAAAGUGUAAGGAUCCUUGUCCUGGUACUUGUGGGCAAAAUGCUGAAUGUAAUGUUGUCAAUCAUUUGGCAACAUGCAACUGUUUCGUUGGAUAUAUUGGAGAUCCUUAUCGUUACUGUAACAUUCCUCCUGAACCAAUUAAAUAUGAAUACGUCAAUCCAUGUCAACCAUCACCUUGCGGUCCGAAUAGCCAGUGCCGCGAAGUCAACCAGCAAGCAGUUUGUUCAUGUCAACCAGAGUUCAUUGGAACUCCACCUUCGUGUAGACCAGAAUGUACAUCCAGCUCGGAAUGUGACGCCGAUAAGGCUUGCAUCAAUCGAAAGUGUGCUGAUCCAUGCCCUGGAACUUGUGGUCUAAAUGCCGAAUGUAGAGUUAGGAAUCAUAGCCCAAUCUGCUCCUGCAGAAACGGCUACACUGGUGAUGCAUUUGUUCGAUGCAUUCCAAUACCACCACCACCACCUCCGCGUGAAAUCGAAAUUUUCAGCGAUCCUUGUGUGCCAAGUCCUUGUGGGCCAAACUCUCAAUGUCGAAACACAAACAACGUCCCAUCUUGCUCUUGUCUGCCUGAUUUCAUUGGCGCCCCACCAAGUUGUCGUCCAGAAUGUACCAUCAAUUCGGAAUGUGUUAGCAACAAGGCUUGCAUCCGUCAACACUGCGUUGACCCAUGCCCGGGAUCAUGUGGCUUUGCUGCUACAUGUAAUGUUAUCAACCAUACACCAAGUUGUCAGUGUCCCAUUGGAUACACUGGAGAUCCAUUUGUUAGCUGUCAACCUUAUACACCACCUCCACCUUUGAAAGAGGAAGAACGUGAUCCAUGCAAUCCAAGUCCAUGUGGUCCAAAUGCUGUCUGUCAAAACGGUCAAUGCUCUUGUAUUCCUGAGUACCAAGGGAAUCCUUUAGUGGGAUGUCGCCCUGAAUGUGUCCUCAAUUCGGAUUGUUCACGUGAUCGUGCUUGCAUUCGUAGCAAGUGCCUGGAUCCAUGUCCAGGAACUUGUGGUGCGAAUGCAAUUUGCGAAGUUCACAAUCACAUUCCGAUGUGUCAUUGCCCAGAAGGAAUGACUGGCAAUGCAUUUAGUCAAUGUUAUCCAGCUCAAGUUGAACUCUUUGUAAACCCAUGUCAACCAUCUCCAUGUGGACCAAACAGCCAGUGUCGUGAAAUAAACAUUCAAGCUGUGUGCUCAUGUCUUCCCACGUUUAUUGGUAGCCCACCGACAUGUCGCCCAGAAUGUAACACCAAUUCUGAAUGCCCACAAAAUCAAGCCUGCCAAAAUCAGAAGUGUCAAGAUCCUUGCCCCGGAACAUGUGGUCAAUAUGCCAAAUGUUCUGUGGUUAAUCAUAAUCCCUUCUGCUCAUGUCCGGAACAAUUCACUGGAAAUCCAUUCGUUCUUUGUCAGCGAAUAAUCAAACGUGACCCCGAACCAACGAAUCCAUGUCAACCAUCACCAUGUGGACCGAACUCAGAAUGUCGAAACAUAAAUGGCUCUCCUUCGUGUUCGUGUUUGGAGACUUUCAUCGGAAGUCCUCCAAAUUGCCGACCAGAGUGUGUAACCAAUUCCGAGUGUCCAACUAGCCAGAUAUGUCGAGGACAGAAAUGCAGAGAUCCUUGUCCAGGUUUAUGUGGACAAAAUGCACUUUGUCGAGUUAUCAGUCAUACUCCAAUGUGCAUUUGUGAAGUUGGAUUCACGGGUGAUCCAUUUGUUCAAUGUAACGCCGUUCGUGCUAGUCCACCAGAAAUUGUAGACCCUUGCAAUCCAAGCCCAUGUGGAGCAUUUGCUGAAUGUCGUCAACAAAAUGGCGUUGGAUCAUGCCAAUGUUUAGCUGAAUACUUUGGCAAUCCCUAUGAAGGAUGUCGUCCAGAGUGUGUCCUCAAUUCUGAUUGUCUAUCGAAUAAGGCUUGUCUUCAGAAUAAAUGCGGAGAUCCUUGUCCGGGAACUUGUGGACAAAAUGCCGAUUGCCAUGUGUUAAACCAUCUACCAUCAUGUUCAUGUAGAAUUGGAUACAAUGGAGAUCCAUACCGAUUCUGUGCUAUCGAAACUAAACCCAUCAUUAAAGAGUAUGUUAACCCUUGCCAACCAUCACCUUGUGGUCCAAACAGUCAAUGUAGGGAAGUAAACGGUCAAGCUGUUUGCUCAUGCUUGCCUACCUACAUUGGUACCCCACCAGGUUGUCGGCCAGAGUGUACCAUAAGCUCCGAGUGUAGCUUUGACAAAUCUUGCCUAAAUCAGAAAUGUGUUGAUCCAUGUCCAGGUACCUGCGGAACUAACGCCGAGUGCCGAGUACAUAACCAUAGUCCAUUGUGCUCAUGUAGAAGCGGUUUCACUGGUGAUCCAUUCACCCGUUGUAACCCUAUUCCACCUCCACCUCCAAUAGUUGUUCCCGAGAGAAUUCAAGAUCCUUGCCUGCCAUCACCAUGUGGACCAAAUUCACAAUGUCGCAAUUCAAACGGACAAGCAGCAUGUUCUUGUCUAGCCAACUUCUUUGGAGCUCCACCAAAUUGCCGUCCCGAAUGCUCAUCGAACGCUGAAUGUGCCAGUAACCUGGCUUGCAUAAACAAUCGUUGUAUUGAUCCAUGUCCAGGUUCAUGUGGCUUGAAUGCCCAAUGUUCCGUCAUAAAUCAUACACCGAUUUGUUCAUGCAUCCAAGGUUAUGUUGGUAAUCCGUUUACAGCUUGCCAAAUUGCUCCAAAACCGGAACCUCCAGUUUUGGAUGAUCCAUGCAAUCCAUCGCCAUGCGGCAGCAAUGCCAUCUGCAACAACGGCCAAUGCACAUGCAUUGCUGAAUAUCAAGGUGAUCCUUAUGUCGGAUGUCGCCCUGAAUGUGUUCUUAGUACAGAAUGUCCCUCGGACAAGGCUUGCAUUCGAAACAAAUGCACAGAUCCUUGUCCAGGAACUUGUGGACUGAGUGCAAUUUGCGAAGUUAUCAAUCACAUUCCAAUGUGUAGAUGUCCAGAGAAUAUGAACGGCAACGCUUUUGUGCAAUGUAAUCUAAUUCAGCGCCAACCAGAAGUCCAACAUCCAUGCAAUCCAAGUCCAUGUGGACCGAAUUCACGUUGUCGCGAAUUCCAAGGCAAUGCAGUGUGCUCAUGUAUUGAGGGUUUCAUUGGAAAUCCACCAACAUGUCGACCUGAAUGUACCAGAAACUCCGAUUGUUCACUGUCCAUGGCUUGUCAGAAUCAGAAAUGCAUUGAUCCAUGUCCUGGAACUUGUGGACUUGGUGCUAAAUGCACAGUUGUCAAUCACAAUCCAUUCUGUACCUGUCCAUCAGGGUUCACUGGAAGUCCAUUUGUACGCUGCCAAGAAAUUAUAGCACCAAUACCAGAAGAACCAAAGAAUCCAUGUCAACCAUCACCAUGUGGACCGAACUCUCAAUGCAAAGCUGUGGGAGAUUCUCCAUCGUGCUCAUGUUUGGCUGAAUUCAUUGGUGCACCACCCAACUGUCGUCCGGAAUGUAUCACCAACUCUGAGUGUCCUAGCAAUAAGGCUUGUCUCAGUCAGAAAUGCAAAGAUCCUUGUCCAGGACUUUGCGGAAUCAAUGCUGAAUGCCGAGUUAUUAGUCAUACUGCCAUGUGUAUAUGCGCGGAAGGAUUUACUGGUGAUCCGUUUAGCGGAUGUUCACCAAAGCCACCACCAGCUGAUGAGACUAGACCAUGCGAUCCAAAUCCAUGUGGAAUCAAUGCCGAAUGUAGAGAGGUCAACAAUGCUGGAUCUUGUCAAUGUCUUCCAGAGUAUUUCGGAAAUCCUUACGAGGGUUGUCGUCCAGAAUGUGUUCAAAACUCUGACUGCCCAUCGAACCAGGCUUGUGUUAACCAAAAAUGUAAAGAUCCUUGCCCUGGAGUUUGUGGACAGAAUGCUCAAUGCAAUGUCAUUAAUCAUUUGCCUACGUGUGACUGCUUCUCAGGAUACACUGGUAACCCAUAUCGGUUCUGUUCGAUACCAGAGAAACCAAUCAUAAAAGAGUAUGUGAAUCCAUGUCAACCAACGCCAUGUGGGCCAAACUCCCAAUGUCGCGAAGUAAAUGAACAAGCUGUUUGCUCAUGUUUGCCUGACUUCAUUGGAAGUCCGCCAGCAUGUCGACCAGAAUGUACAACAAACUCUGAAUGUUCAUUGGACAAGGCCUGUAGGAACCAAAAAUGUGAAGAUCCUUGCCCAGGAGUGUGUGGAACUAAUGCCGAGUGCAGAGUUCGUAAUCACUCUCCUUUGUGUAGUUGCAGAAACGGCUACACGGGUGAUGCUUUCAGUAGAUGUUACCCAAUACCACCUCCACCACCACCGAAACGCGAUGAAUACCGUGAUCCUUGUGUUCCAUCGCCAUGUGGACAAUUCGCCGAAUGUCGGGAUAUCAAUGGCAGUCCAUCGUGUUCCUGUCUUCCAACUUAUCUAGGAGCCCCACCAAAUUGCCGACCUGAAUGUGUCGUCAAUUCAGAGUGUCCAAGCAACAAGGCUUGUAUAUCACAAAAAUGCACUGAUCCUUGUCCAGGAUCGUGCGGUUACAGCGCCGAAUGUAGUGUCAUAAACCACACUCCAAUAUGUCAAUGUACCCGCGGUUAUACUGGUGAUCCGUUUACAUUAUGCCAUUUGGUAAUUGUGGAUCCUCUUCCACCAGAGCCAACUGAUCCAUGUAAUCCAUCACCAUGUGGAGCAAAUGCUGUAUGCCAGAACGGUCAGUGCUCUUGUCUACCAGAAUACCAUGGAGAUGCCUACUUCGGAUGCCGUCCAGAGUGUGUUUUGAACUCGGAUUGUUCAACAGAUAAGGCAUGCAUUAGAAGCAAGUGCACAGACCCUUGUCCGGGCACUUGUGGAUCGAAUGCUAUUUGUGAAGUUUUCAACCAUAUUCCCAUGUGUCAUUGCCCAGAGGGAAUGAGUGGAAAUGCUUUUGUUCAGUGUUCUCCAGUUAAACAACAAAUUCGACAAAACCCAUGCCAACCAUCACCAUGUGGUCCAAACGGUCAAUGUCGCGAAAUCAACGAGCAAGCUGUAUGCUCUUGCUUGCCCGAAUAUAUCGGUAGUCCGCCACAGUGUCGCCCAGAAUGUGUUUCCAAUUCCGAGUGUGCUCUAAAUAGAGCUUGCCUGCAAAACAAGUGUAGGGAUCCAUGUCCGGGAACAUGUGGAGUGAAUGCUGAAUGCUCGGUUGUAAAUCAUAACCCGAUAUGUCGCUGUAGAAGUCGAUUCUCAGGAAACCCAUUGUCAGCUUGCCAUCCAAUACCAAUUGAACCACCAUUACUCGAAGAAGUGAAAGAUCCAUGUCGUCCAAAUCCGUGUGGACCCAAUUCAGAAUGUCGCGUAAAUGGUAAUUCACCAUCCUGCUCCUGUCUGCUCGAUUUUAUCGGUUCACCACCCAACUGCCGACCAGAAUGUGUUGUCAAUUCGGAGUGUCCAAGCUCACAGGCUUGUAUCGGGCAAAAAUGCAAAGAUCCAUGCCCAGGAGUGUGUGGAAGCAACGCUGAAUGCCAUGUCAUCAAUCACACUCCAAUGUGUGUUUGCAGCUCAGGCUUCAGCGGUAAUCCAUUUACUUUCUGUGACACUAUUCGCGCAGAUCCUCCAGAAAUCACAAGCCCAUGUGAACCAAGUCCAUGUGGAGCAAAUGCCCAAUGUACAGAACGAAACGGGGCCGGUGCUUGUCAGUGUUUGCCAGAGUUUAUUGGCAAUCCAUAUGAUGGAUGCCGUCCUGAAUGUGUCUUGAAUUCAGACUGUCCAGCAACGAAAUCUUGUAUUCAAAGUAAAUGUAAGGAUCCAUGUCCAGGAACUUGCGGUCAGAAUGCAGAUUGUAACGUUGUCAAUCAUUUGCCAUCAUGCACAUGUAUUCCUAAUUAUUCUGGCGAUCCAUAUCGCUUCUGUAGUCCUAUUAAAGAACCUAUUCGAGAAUAUGUCAAUCCAUGCCAACCAACACCAUGUGGCCCUAAUAGCCAAUGUCGCGAGGUUCAGAACCAAGCUGUAUGUUCAUGUCUUCCAACUUAUGUUGGCAGUCCACCUGCUUGCAGGCCCGAAUGUACAACCAGCUCUGAGUGUUCCUUCGACAAAGCUUGCAUCAAUCAAAAAUGUACCGAUCCAUGUCCGGGAUCGUGUGGACAAAACGCCGAAUGUCAAGUCAGGAAUCAUAGUCCAUUGUGUUCAUGUCGCAGUGGAUUCACAGGAGAUCCAUUUACAAGAUGUUUCCCGAAUCCACCACCACCGCCGAUUAGAGAGCUUGCACCAUAUCGCGAUCCAUGUGUGCCAUCGCCAUGUGGUCCAAAUGCUCAGUGUCAAACCAUCAACGAUCAACCGUCAUGCUCUUGCCUUCAAUCAUAUUACGGUGCUCCACCCAACUGUCAUCCGGAAUGUGUCAUCAAUUCGGAUUGUCAAUCUAGUAAGGCCUGUGUUCGUGAGAGAUGCAUCGAUCCUUGUCCAGGUUCAUGUGGAAACUUGGCGCAGUGUAGUGUCAUUAACCAUACACCGAUAUGCACCUGUCCAGCUGGAUACACAGGAGAUCCAUUCACAAACUGCUUUAUUCAACCUCCGCCACCAAAACCAGUUCUUGAUGACCCUUGCAAUCCAUCACCAUGUGGCCCUAAUGCACAAUGCUCAAAUGGCCAGUGCACCUGUCUGCCAGAGUAUCAUGGUGAUCCCUAUUCCGGUUGUCGUCCAGAAUGCGUCCUCAAUUCCGAUUGUUCUCGCGAUAAGGCUUGCAUCCGAAGCAAGUGCGUCGAUCCAUGUCCUGGCACAUGUGGCCUUAGUGCCAUUUGUGAAGUUAACAACCACAUACCAAUGUGUAGGUGUCCAGAUGGAAUGACUGGCAGUGCUUUCGUUCAAUGUUUACCAAUCCCAGCUCCACCUGUCGGUAAUCCUUGUCAACCAUCACCGUGUGGACCAAACAGUCAAUGCCGUGAGGUCAAUCAACAGGCGGUCUGCUCAUGUGUCCCUGGAUACAUUGGCCGUCCACCAUCAUGUCACCCAGAAUGUUCCAUUAAUUCCGAUUGUCCAUUAAAUCAAGCUUGUCAAAACCAGAAAUGCCGUGAUCCAUGUCCAGGCACAUGUGGUCUUAAUGCCCUUUGCAAUGUAGUCAAUCACAAUCCAUUCUGUUCUUGUAUUAAUGGCUAUUCUGGAAACCCAUUCACCAGCUGUCAACGUCUACCACCACCUCCAAUUGUGAGAGAACCUAAAGACCCAUGUAUUCCAAGCCCUUGUGGACCGAAUUCAAAAUGUGAAACAAGAGGUGAAUCACCAUCUUGUUCGUGUCUGGAAACUUUCAUAGGAAGCCCACCAAAUUGUAGACCAGAAUGUAUAUCAUCAUCGGAAUGUUCCAGCAAUUUGGCUUGCAUCAGACAAAAAUGCACAGAUCCAUGCCCGGGUCUUUGUGGCCAGAACGCCCUCUGCCAAGUUGUCAGUCAUACUCCAUCGUGUGUAUGUCUGGAAGGCUUCGUAGGUGAUCCAUUUACGCAGUGCAAUCCAAAACCACAACAAACUGAAAUAAUCAACCCUUGCAAUCCAAGUCCUUGUGGAGCAAAUGCUCGAUGCGAAGAACGAGGAAAUGUCGCAUCAUGCCAAUGCUUGCCCGAAUACUUUGGAAAUCCUUAUGAAGGAUGUCGCCCUGAAUGUGUCCUCAACUCAGAUUGUCCAUCCAAUUUGGCUUGUGUAAAUCAGAAAUGCCGUGAUCCAUGCCCGGGAACUUGUGGUCAAAAUGCCAGAUGUAAUGUUAUCAAUCAUCUGCCAACUUGUAGCUGCUUUGAAGGAUAUUCAGGAGAUCCUUAUAACUAUUGUUCAAUUCCAGCAGAACCUAUUAAAGAAUAUAAGAACCCUUGUCAACCAUCACCAUGUGGUCCUAAUAGUCAGUGUAAGACAAUCGGUGAACAAGCCGUAUGUUCUUGCCUGCCAACUUAUAUAGGUAGCCCACCUACUUGUCGACCGGAAUGUACGACAAACAACGAAUGUCCCCACGAUAAGUCUUGUAUUAGCCAAAAAUGUGUUGAUCCUUGUCCCGGUACAUGCGGUACCAACGCCGAUUGUCGAGUGUGGAAUCACAGCCCGUUGUGUUCGUGUCGCUCUGGUUUUACCGGCGAUGCAUUCACACGUUGCUAUGAAUUACCACCUCCACCACCGCAACCAGAACCUUACCGCGAUCCAUGUGCCCCAUCGCCAUGUGGACAGUUUGCAGAAUGUCGCAAUAUAAACAACCUUGCUUCUUGCUCGUGUCGUCCGACUUAUAUCGGUCAGCCACCAAAUUGUAGACUCGAAUGUACCUUGAACUCUGAUUGUCCAAGCAAUCAAGCUUGUUUGCAGGAAAAGUGUAGAGAUCCUUGUCCGGGAUCUUGUGGUUUAAAUGCCCUUUGUAGUGUUCGUAGCCAUGUACCGAUUUGUACAUGUCCGCAAGGUUAUGAGGGAAAUCCCUUCUUAGCUUGUUCACCAGCUCCACCACCAAAACCACCAAUCGCCGAUGACCCUUGUGAUCCAUCACCAUGUGGACCAAAUGCUGUCUGCAAUAAUGGCCAGUGUACUUGUAUUCCAGAAUAUCAUGGAGAUCCUUACCGCGAAUGUCGCCCAGAAUGCAUUUUGAACUCCGAAUGUCCUCGGGAUAAGGCUUGCAUACGGAAUAAGUGUGUUGAUCCUUGUCCGGGAACAUGUGGAGUUAAUGCCAUUUGCGAAGUCAACAAUCACAUUCCAAUGUGUCAUUGUCCAGUUGAGAUGACUGGAAAUGCUUUUGUACAGUGUUUACCAACUCCAAGUAAAUCAGACUCAGACUCAAAAUUAGGUCUUUCAGGAAAUAACCUCAAACCCUUUCUUACAGAGCCUGUUAUUGAAAACCCAUGUAAUCCAUCACCGUGUGGUCCCAACAGCCAAUGUCGCGAUGUAAAUCAUCAUGCCAUUUGCUCUUGCCUGCCCGAAUUCAUAGGUUCACCACCUGGAUGUCGACCAGAAUGUGUUUCCAAUCCCGAAUGUCCUGCUAAUCGCGCAUGUAUCAAUCAAAAGUGUCAAGAUCCAUGUCCAGGAACUUGUGGACGUAAUGCCUUGUGUAAUGUGAUUAAUCACAUUCCACAUUGCUCAUGUCCUUCAGGUUAUACUGGCAGUCCAUUUGUGGCAUGUGAAGUUAGAGUUGAACCACCAAUCAUAAAGAACGAUCCCGAUCCAUGUUACCCAUCACCAUGUGGACCAAAUUCCCAAUGCGUCAACUCCAAUGGAAGUCCAUCUUGCUCUUGUCUACCCGAAUUCAUUGGGGCACCACCCCAUUGUCGUCCCGAAUGUGUAUCAAACUCAGAAUGCUCAAGCGAUAAGGCUUGCAUUCGCCAGAAGUGCGUUGAUCCGUGCCCUGGCUUAUGUGGUCUUAAUGCUGAAUGUAGAACAUUCAAUCACGUACCCAAUUGUGUUUGUACGUCUGGCUUUAUCGGUGAUCCGUUUACCAGAUGUGAUCAGGUACAGGAACCAAUUCGAGAACAAAUCGAACCCUGUCAUCCGAAUCCAUGUGGUAGCAAUGCCGAAUGCCGACAACAUGGCUCAGUUGGGUCCUGUGUUUGUUUGCCAGAUUACUUUGGUAAUCCUUAUGAAGGAUGUCGUCCGGAAUGUGUUCUUAAUUCUGAUUGCCCAUCGAACAAGGCAUGUGUUCAGCAGAAAUGUAUUGAUCCAUGUCCUGGAACUUGUGGCCAGAAUGCAGAAUGUCAUGUUACAAGUCAUUUACCAACGUGUACUUGCUACCAGGAUUACACUGGUAAUCCUUUCCGAUUCUGUUCUCCAAUACAAAAACCGAUCCCAGAUUAUGUGAAUCCUUGUGUCCCAUCUCCAUGUGGAGCAAAUGCUCAAUGCCGUGAAGUCAACCAGCAGGCAGUUUGUUCUUGUCUGCCAGAAUUCAUUGGCAGUCCACCAGCAUGUAGGCCAGAAUGUGUCAUGAACGCUGAAUGUCCUCUAAACAAGGCUUGUAUGAAUCAAAAAUGUGCUGAUCCAUGUCCUGGCGUGUGUGGACAAAACGCCGAAUGUCAUGUCCACAAUCACAAUCCAAUUUGUUCCUGCCGAACAAGUUAUACUGGAGAUGCAUUUACUAGAUGUUAUCCUAUUCCACCGCCUGUGGAUCCAAUACCAGAACCAGCUCGAGACCCUUGCAUACCAUCGCCAUGUGGACAAUUCGCUCAGUGUAGGAAUUUGAAUGGCGUCCCAUCUUGCUCUUGUCUGCCAAGCUACCAAGGAACUCCACCCAAUUGUCGUCCAGAGUGUAGUGUUCACUCAGAUUGUCCAACAAAUCUGGCUUGUAUCAACGAGAAAUGUCGAGAUCCUUGUCCGGGAUCAUGUGGUUUGUCAGCAAUCUGUAAUGUUCUCAAUCAUGUUCCAAAUUGUGUCUGCACAAGUGGAUACACAGGAGAUCCAUUUACAGUUUGCAGACCUAUACCAAUCACACGUGACCCUCCACCACCGACCGAUCCAUGUAAUCCAUCACCAUGCGGCGCCAAUGCCAACUGCAACAACGGAAUCUGUACAUGCAUUCCUGAAUACCGUGGAGAUCCAUACUCCGGUUGUCGACCCGAGUGUGUCCUUAACUCAGAUUGUCCCCGCGAUCGUGCUUGCAUCCGUAGCAAGUGUGCUGAUCCUUGUCCUGGAACUUGUGGUGCUAAUGCCCAGUGUACUGUCCAGAACCACAUUCCAAUGUGUUCUUGUCCCGAAGGAAUGACUGGAAGUGCAUUCAUACAAUGCGAUCAAAUACCACCGCCAGUUGUAACCAAUCCAUGUUAUCCAUCACCAUGUGGUCCGAACAGUCAAUGUCGCGAAUUCAACCAACAGUCAAUAUGUUCAUGUGUUCCCGGCUUCUUUGGAACACCGCCAUCUUGUCAUCCGGAAUGUUCUACCAACUCCGAUUGUCCAUUGGACAAGUUCUGUUUGAAUCAGAAAUGUAAAGAUCCUUGUCCUGGAACAUGUGGAAUGCGAGCUGAAUGUAUGGUUCGCAACCACAAUCCAAUAUGUAGCUGUCCGCCAAGACAUACCGGAAAUCCAUUCAUAGCAUGUCAACCAAUAAUUGAACAACCACCUCGUCCAGCUCCAGUUCCUCGAGAUUCAUGCCAACCAUCACCAUGCGGCUUCAAUGCCAAGUGUGAACGACAAAACGAUGAUGGUUAUAAAUGCACCUGUUUGCCUGAAUUCCUAGGAGUUCCACCAAAUUGUCAUCCCGAAUGUGUUACCAACGCUGAAUGUCCCUCGAAUAAGGCAUGCAUCGAUCAAAAAUGUGCAGAUCCAUGUCCGGGAUCUUGUGGGUCUCAAGCAGAAUGCAAAGUGAUCAGUCACUCUGCAAUGUGCUAUUGUCCACAAGGUAUGACAGGUGAUCCAUUUGCUGCAUGCAUUCGACAACAAGAUCCACCAACAGAAAUUGCUGUACCAUGCAGUCCAUCUCCGUGUGGACCAAAUGCCAUUUGUAGACCUAGAAAUGGCAUCAGUCAUUGUCAGUGUUUGCCAGAUUAUUAUGGCAAUCCUUACGAUGUCUGUCGUCCCGAAUGUACUAAGAAUUCUGAUUGUCCAGCUGAUAAGAGUUGCCAGGGUAAUAAGUGCAGAGAUCCUUGUCCGGGAACUUGUGGUCAGGAUGCUUAUUGUCGAGUUAUCAAUCAUGUUCCAAAUUGUGAAUGCGACUUUGGAUACAUUGGAAAUCCAUAUAUUGUUUGUAGGAGACCACCUGCUGCACAAAUAACUACGCAAUACGUAAAUCCAUGUCAACCAUCACCUUGUGGACCGAAUAGCCAGUGUCGCGAAGUCAAUCAACAAGCUAUUUGCGCCUGUCUAGCCGAUUAUGUGGGAAGUCCACCACUUUGCCGCCCUGAAUGUGUCAUCAGUUCUGAGUGUCCAAGUGACAAGGCUUGUAUUAAUCAAAAAUGCGCCGAUCCAUGUCCUGGAUCUUGUGGAAUUAAUGCUGACUGUCAUGUUCGUCAACACAGUCCAAUAUGUUCGUGCAAGCCGGGCUUAACUGGAGAACCGUUCACUCGAUGCUAUCCAAUACCACCUCCACCACCUGAGCCAGUUCGAGUAAUAAACGUCUGCAGUCCAUCAACAUGUGGACCAUAUUCUCACUGUCGGGAGAUCAACAAUUCACCAUCAUGUACAUGUCUUCCAAAUUACCUCGGAUCACCACCAUAUUGCCGGCCAGAGUGUACCAUUCACUCAGAGUGUCCCAGCAAUUUAGCAUGUCUGAACGAAAAAUGUCGCGAUCCAUGUCCGGGUUCGUGUGGAUUCGAUGCCAUUUGUAAUGUCAUCAAUCACACACCAAGCUGUUCAUGUCUGGAAGGUUAUAUUGGAAAUCCAUUCACAAGUUGUCGUCGAGCUCCACCACCACCGCCACCUGUUAUAUUGAAAACUCCAGUCGAUCCAUGCAUUCCAUCGCCAUGUGGUCCUAACACCGUUUGCAAUGAUGGACAAUGUUCAUGUAUUCCAGAGUAUCAUGGAAAUCCAGCUAUCGGUUGUCGCCCAGAAUGUGUGCUGAAUAGUGACUGUGCAAGAGAUCGUGCUUGUAUUCGAAAUAAAUGCACUGAUCCUUGUCCAGGUACUUGUGGAACGAACGCUCUUUGCGAAGUGACCAAUCAUAUUCCAAUGUGUCGAUGCCCAGAGAAAAUGACUGGUAACGCUUUUGUUUUGUGUGAACUGGUUCGAGAUGAACCGCCAAGAAAUCCUUGCCAACCAUCACCAUGUGGACCGAAUAGUCAGUGCAUUGAACGCAAUGGCAAUGCUAUAUGUUCAUGUGUAACUGGUUACUUUGGAAGUCCACCAAAUUGUCGACUUGAGUGUUAUACCAGUUCAGAUUGUAGCCAAUCUACAGCUUGUAUCAAUAAUCGAUGUGUAAAUCCUUGCCCAGGUCAAUGUGGUCUUAAUGCCAUUUGCCAGGUUGUCCAACAUAGAGCACACUGUGAGUGUUCGCCUGGUUAUGUGGGUAAUCCCUAUAACCUUUGCAAUAGAAUAGAAUACCGUCAACCAUCACCACCACCUCUUAAGAUCAAUCCUUGCCUGCCAUCGCCAUGUGGACUCUAUUCUGAGUGCCGCAGUGAUAACGAUCAAGCUAGAUGUACUUGUUUACCCGAAUAUAUAGGCCAACCACCCCAUUGUCGCCCUGAAUGUAGCAGCAACGACGAUUGUUCCAAUAACUUAGCAUGCAUCAAUCAAAAGUGCCGCGAUCCAUGUCCUGGAUCGUGUGGAUUGAACGCCCAAUGUAUAGUCACGCUACACAUACCGCAUUGUGUAUGCCAAGCGGGACUUACUGGGGAUCCGUUCUAUCGUUGCACAGAUAUACCAAAACCACCACCAACACCAAAGGAACCCAAGAAUCCAUGUUAUCCAUCACCUUGUGGAAUCAAUUCCGAAUGUCAAGUUAGAGGUGACAGUUACACUUGUGUGUGUGUAAACGAUUAUAUUGGCAAUCCUUAUGAAGGCUGUCGACCAGAAUGUGUUGGAAAUUCAGAAUGUUCGGCUAACCGAGCUUGUAUACGUUACAAGUGUGUUGAUCCUUGUCCAGGAACUUGCGGCAUUGAAGCCAUCUGUACAAUCCAUAAUCAUAUUCCAGUGUGCUCAUGUCCAGCUGGAAUGACAGGUGAUGCUUUUAGACAAUGUACGCCAGUUGUACGUAAGGAAGAACCAGCAAAAACCGCCGAUCCAUGUUAUCCAAGUCCAUGUGGAACGAAUUCUGUAUGCAAAACUGUACGAGGAAAUGCUGUAUGUGAAUGUCUGCCAGGAUACUUUGGAAAUCCAAUUGGACAAGGCUGCCGACCAGAAUGUACACUCAGUUCGGAUUGUGCCAAGAGUCUUGCUUGUGUUAAUGCCAAGUGUGUCGAUCCAUGUCCAGGAGUUUGUGGAUAUGGAGCACAAUGUCAAGUGGUCAAUCAUAAUCCAAUCUGUUCGUGCCCAAGUACGAUGGUUGGUAAUCCAUUUGUGGAAUGCCAUACGCCAACUGUCAAGGAACCAGUUGAUCCUUGUAAUCCAUCACCGUGCCGAAGCAAUGGAAACUGUCGGGUGAUUAAUGGUGCUGCAACAUGCACAUACCCUGAGUGUGUGACAAAUGAAGAAUGUGCCAGAGAUCGAGCAUGUGUCAACCAGAAAUGCCGUGAUCCUUGUAUAAACGCCUGUGGAGUUAAUGCCAUUUGCAGUGCCAUCAAUCAUAAGGCACUUUGUACCUGUCCAACUGGAUAUUAUGGAUCUCCAUACAACCAGUGUUCACCACAAGUAGAUGUCGUGGUCGUGCCACAACCAGAAUGUACAUCAGACAAUGACUGCUCUAAUGACAAGGCCUGUAUCAACCAGGAAUGUAAGAAUCCUUGUGAGCAAGCCAAUAUCUGCGGACAAAAUGCCAAGUGUCAUGUACAAUUACAUCGUCCAUUGUGUGUCUGCAACGAAGGUUACACCGGUAACGCACAGACAUUCUGCCAUGUAGUAGGAUGCAGAUCAGAUGAUGAGUGUCCAGCAAAUGAGGCAUGCAUCAAUAAACAAUGUACCGAUCCUUGUCUAUACACUCAGUGUGGAACUUUGGCAACUUGCAGAGCUGAUUACAACCAUAAGGCCCGUUGUUACUGCCCUGAGGGAUACCGCGGUAAUCCUCAAGUUCAAUGCAUAAGACCAGAAUGUACACGCGACAAUGAUUGCGCCUUCCAUUUGGCCUGUCUCAACGAACGCUGUGAAGAUCCAUGCAACUGCGGCGCUGGCGCCCAAUGCCGAGUCGAUAAUCAUCGUGCUUUAUGCAGAUGUCCACCAGGUUAUACCGGAAAUCCAACACAACAAUGUACGAUUGUUAUUCAAAAGGUACAACCACAAUGUACUGUGGAUGCUGAUUGUCCUAGCAAGCAUGCUUGCUUCUCUGGAGAAUGCAAGAAUCCAUGCGUGGUUACCAAACCAUGUGGAACGAACGCUAUAUGUUCCGUUGUGGAUACACUUCCACUGCGUACUAUGAUGUGUCAAUGUGAACCUGGAUACAUUGGUGAUGCCGAUGUUGGAUGUAGAAAAGAACCCCAAAAAGAUAAUGGAUGUAGAUCACAUGAUGAUUGUGCCGAUACUGAAGCUUGCCGAAAUGGAGAUUGUAUGAAUCCAUGUUUGGAUGGUACACCAUGUGCCAGAACUGCUGAAUGCUUGGCACAAAGACAUCGUGCUGUGUGCACAUGUCCAAGCGGUCUGCUGGGUGAUCCAUUCGUCAAUUGCUAUGAGGAACCGAAGACUGUUAUUGCGGGAUGUACCCAUGAUUCAGAUUGUGCUCCAUCAACAGCUUGUAUUAAUAGACGUUGUCAAGAUCCAUGCGCCGAGGGUAAUCCAUGUGCUGGAAAUGCUGAAUGUCGGGUAUCCAACUUUAGACCGUUGUGCUACUGUCCAGCAGGAUGGGUUGGAGAUCCACAAGUUCAGUGUUACAAACCUGAAUGUAAAACAAACUCAGAAUGUCCAUAUGACAAGGCUUGCAUCAACGAAAACUGUGUCAAUCCAUGCACAUUCGGUUCAGUUCGAUGUGGAAGUGGCGCCCAAUGCCAACCACAAAAUCAUCAAGCUGUAUGCGUGUGCCCAGCAGGAACUCAGGGUAAUCCCUUCGUUUCCUGUAUUGCUGGCCACUGUCAAUACAACGAUGAUUGUGCCGAUCAUGAGGCUUGUGACCGUUUGAACCGCGUCUGUCGACCAGUUUGUGAUGAAGAUACCUGCGCACAAAGUGCUAUUUGUACUGGACGUCGCCAUCAACCACAGUGUGAAUGCCGUCAAGGAAUGACUGGAAAUCCAUUUGUGGAAUGUAUUGGCAUCAAGGAACCACCAAAACCACCGAAACCAGAGUGUGAAGUUGACUCGGAUUGUCCAACUCAAUUGGCCUGCAUGAAUAAUCGCUGUGCUAAUCCAUGUGCUGUUCCGAAUGUCUGUACACCACAACAAACAUGUACCGUCUUGGAUACACUGCCAUUGAGAACUAUGAUUUGCAAGUGUCCAAGCGAUAUGGUUACAGAUAAUUCAAGGAAUUGUGUACCAAUUAAGCACGAUGUUAUAUCAGGAUGUCAAGUUAAUGAAGAAUGUGCCAAUUCGGAGGUUUGCCAGCGUGGACAGUGUAUUGAAGCUUGUCGAUUGGAUCGUUGCGGUUUGAACGCACAGUGUAGAUCCAGAGAUCAUUAUGCACAGUGUACCUGUCCAAUAGGCUAUGAAGGCAACCCUAGGGUUGAAUGCAGUCCUAUCGCUGGAAAGACACCAACAAGACCACCAACUGCUGAAUGCUUCAGCGAUGAAGAUUGCGCAAGUGAUCAGAGAUGUCGUAACGAACGCUGUAUUAAUCCAUGCUCGGAAGAUCCAUGUGGACGAGGAGCCUAUUGCCAUGUUGAAAAUCGUACACCAAUAUGCAGAUGUCCUACAGGAUACAGUGGUGACGCACGAGUUGCAUGCAUUCCACCAACGGAAGUAUCAACAGUUGGCUGUAAAUCCAACUCAGAUUGUGCAACCAGCGAAUCAUGUGUCAAUGAACAAUGUGUCAAUCCAUGCAACUGUGGAAACAAUGCUGAAUGUGUUGUAAGGAACCAUCAUCCUGUAUGUUAUUGCAAGGCUGGCUUCUCUGGAAAUGCCCAAUAUGGAUGUGUUCAAGUCGGAUGUUCAUCCGAUGAUGAAUGUUCGUUGGACAAACAAUGUGUGAAUAGGGAAUGUGUCAAUCCAUGUUUGUUAUCUGAUCCAUGUGCGCUGAAUGCUGAAUGUUUCGGAAGAAAUCAUCGGGCCACGUGUAGAUGUCCACAAGGACUUGAAGGUGAUCCGUUUACACGAUGCUUACGAGUUGAAUGUCGAUCGGAUUAUGAUUGCGCAUCGAAUCAAGCAUGUGUGGCUAAUCAAUGUAUCAAUCCUUGUUUGGACAAUCCAUGCGCUCAGAAUGCUCUUUGUACUGCCAUCAAUCAUGCUGCUGUUUGCAGAUGUCCUGAUACAGCACCACUUGGUAAUCCAUUCUCGUAUUGUGAACGACGAGCUGUCGAACCACAAUGUGUCAAUGAUCCAGAUUGUCCAAGUCGCAUGGCUUGCAUCGACAACAAGUGCAAGAAUCCAUGUAUUGAGCUAUCGCCUUGUGCCAGUUCAGCCAGGUGUAGCGUUCUAGACAGUGUACCAGUUCGAACAAUGGUUUGUGUAUGCCCUGAGUCACAUGUUCCAGAUGCUCGUGGAGAGUGUAAACCAAUCAUACUACAAACACCACCAGGCUGUACUGGAGACAAUGAUUGUCCAGAAAGUGAAGCUUGUGUUAAUCGUCAAUGCCGUAAUCCAUGCAAUUGUGGAACGAAUGCCAUAUGUAACGUCCAAAACCACCGAGCUAUAUGCUCGUGUCAAGAUGGCUUCGAUGGAAAUCCCUAUGCAACGUGUAGAAGCAUUGGUUGUCGUGUGAAUGGUGAAUGCGAUUCAGGAAAAGCUUGUAUCAAUGGAAACUGUGUUAGUCCAUGCUUGGUGAAUGAUCCUUGUGGAAUUAAUGCUGAAUGCUAUGUACAAGGAAAUGAAGCUUUAUGUCGCUGCAUGUCAGGAUACAGAGGAAACGCAUACGAACGUUGUCGUGUAAUUGGCUGUCGCACAAACAGUGACUGUCCAUCAGAUAAGAUGUGUAUCAACGAACAAUGUGUCAAUCCAUGUAUUUAUGACAAUCCAUGCUCAUCAAGAGCUGAAUGUAAGCCACAGAAUCACAUUGCAAUUUGUCGCUGUCCAAGUGGAUUUAUGGGAAAUCCUUACAUCGAUUGUCAACCAGAUGUCACUCCGGAAUGUACAUUUGACACAGAUUGCCCAUCAAGAUUGGCGUGCAUCAAUAACGAAUGCCAGGAUCCAUGCUCUGUGCUGGAACCAUGUAACCGACCAGCUCGCUGCGAAGUCACACCAACAUCACCGGUUAGAACAAUGAUUUGCAUAUGUCCCGAUGGAUAUAUUAGCUCGGGAAGUGGAACAUGUAAGCCUACAAAGGCUGUUGUCACAAUUACCGGCGGAUGUAUUUCCGAUUCAGACUGUCCAACAGAAAAGGCCUGCAUAAGUGGAGUCUGUAAAGAUCCAUGCAGAUGUGGACUUAAUGCUGAAUGCCGAAUUAAGGAUCACAAACCAGUUUGUACGUGCCGUCAAGGUUUCGAGGGUAAUCCAGAAUUCGAGUGCUCAAAGGUUGAAUGUCUGUCAGAUAGUGCUUGUCCAUCAACGCACAGCUGUCUAAACGGUUUGUGUAUCCCAGCUUGUCAAGAAAAACAAUGUGGAAAGAACUCGGAAUGCAUAGCUCUUAAUCACAGAGCAAUCUGUGAAUGUGCCCCAGGAUUUGGAGGAAAUGCUCGAGUUGCAUGUGUUCCAGUUGGAUGUCGCACCGAUGGUGAAUGUCCAAGUGAUAAGGCAUGUGUGAACGGCAAGUGCCAGAAUCCAUGUGACACAACAGCUGCAUGCGCUAUUGACGAAAUUUGCAAGGUCUAUCAACAUCGACCACAAUGUGCUUGUCCACCAGGAACGAUAUCCCGGAAGAACGGUUGCGUGAUUGAACGAUCAGAUUUGUGUGUCUACGAUGGAGAAUGUCCAACUCAAACGGCUUGCAUUAAUGGAGAAUGUGUGAAUCCAUGUAACGCAACAACACCAUGUGGAGUUAAUGCCAAUUGCCGGGUUUUGGACACAGUUCCAGUUAGAACCAUGAUUUGUGAGUGUUUAGAAGGAUACACCGGAAAUGCAGCAGUUCAAUGUGAUAAACGAUCCCUUUGCGUUAUCGAGAAGGGCUUCGUUCGAGACAUCAACGGACAGUGUAUCUGUCCGCCAGGAACUGCUCUUGACGUUUAUGAAUACUGCACGCCAUGUGUUGUCGAAAACGGUUUCAAGAUCGAUGAAACGGGACAUUGCGUGUGUGCGCUCGAACGUGGAAUGGUCAUUGACGAACGCGGACGUUGCAUUUGUCCAACCGAAUAUGGCUACCGCCUGACAAAGGACGGUGAAUGCGUGCCGACCAUUCAAGCUGAAUGUCAAACCGAUGACGAAUGUGCUGACAACCGUUAUUGUAAUACCGAAACAAAGACCUGCGAAGACGCAUGUCUAACAAAGACUUGCGGAAUUAACGCUUUCUGCAAUACAAUCAAUCACAAGGCAGUAUGUCAAUGUAACGUUGGUUACACCGGAAAUGCCGAUGAAUUCUGCAAUCAUACCAACUUCCGUACAGACUUCCCACGUCCUGAAAUGAUUGUUAGCUGUUUAGCUGACGGAGUUCAGGUGCAAAUUCAUCUACCUGAACCAGGUUUUAAUGGAGUUCUUUAUGUAAAAGGACACAGCAAGGAUGAAGACUGUCGUAGAGUAGUGAAUUUGUCUGGUGAAUCUGCUCCAAGAAAUGAAAUAUUCAAGGUUCAUUUCGGAAGUUGUGGCUUGAUGCAUGUCAAUGGAAUAGCCAGUUUUGUACUGGUUAUCCAGAAGCAUCCAAAACUUGUCACUUACAAGGCUCAAGCAUACAACAUCAAGUGUGUCUAUCAAACGGGAGAGAAGAAUGUGACACUUGGUUUCAAUGUGUCAAUGUUGACAACAGCUGGUACAAUUGCCAAUACAGGUCCACCACCAAUCUGUCAAAUGAGAAUUAUCACUCAUAAUGGACAAGAGAUUAAUUCAGCAGAAAUCGGUGAUAAUUUGAUGCUGCAAGUUGAUGUUGAACCGUCAACUAUCUAUGGAGGUUUUGCACGAAGUUGUAUAGCCAAAACAAUGGAAGAUAAUGUCGAAAAUGAAUAUAUUGUCACAGAUGAAAAUGGUUGCGCUACAGAUCCAACAAUAUUCGGUGAAUGGGAAUAUAACCCAGAUACGAAUAGUUUGUUGGCCAGCUUUAAUGCAUUCAAAUUCCCUUCAAGUGAUAAUAUACGCUUCCAGUGUAAUAUUAGAGUAUGCUUUGGCAAAUGUCAACCUGUCAAUUGCCGAGGCUAUAAUGCCUUUGGUAGAAGAAGACGUCGUGCCAUUGCUGAUAAUUCAACAUCAACAACGGCAGUGGCCAGUGCCAAUGGUGGCAUGGAGGGUACACUGCGUGAAGAAAUCACAAUACAAUCGAAUGCCAUUUUGACAUUUGAAAAACGUGAAGGUGGUUCCAGUGAUUCAAGCAUCAAACCUGCUGCCCAGCGUGUAGAAGACAUUUGUGUCUCAAUGGUUGGUCUCAUCAUAGCUCUAGUGAUAACAGCGCUAUUAGCUUUAGUAGCUGUUGCAGUAGCUGUAUCAUGUUGGCUAAUGGCAUAUAGAAGACGACCAAAAACAGUUGGUCCAUUGCCACAUCCGCCAGAGUUUCCAAAUCCCCUCUUUACAAAUCCAGAGGCGAUACCAGAACCAACACCUGACUAUUUAUCGUAAGAAUUAAAAUUUUAAUUUAUAAAAAAAUUUAGUUAAAACAAAAAAAAAUAAGGUGCUUGCACUAAGUUUCAAAAAAAAAAAAAUCAACAACCAAACGUAACAUAAAAUUAAAAAAUGAAAAACCUUAGAUUUAAGUAAAAUAAAAAAAAAAAAAAACUGAAAUAUUGUAAAAAAAAAUGUGCAAAAAGACGCACUGUGUGUAUAUUUUAAAAACGAAAAAUCAAAUGCUUUAAUGAAAUGAUAAGAAGCAAACUCUCAAAUGAAGAAAAGAAUGUGUCAAAGUUUCUGAAACUAACAAAAAAAAAUAACUAAAAAUAAAAAAAAAAAAUUUUUUUAAUGAAAAAUGUAUAAAAUAUUAAAUAUUUUGUGUAGCUUUAAAAAAUGGCUUUGCUUUUAUCAGAAAAUUGUUGACAAAAAAUAGGGAACCAUAAAAAAAACUAUAGGAUUAUAGGGAAACUCUCUUGUAAAUCCGGCUGGAAGGACCCAAUUUAGAUAAAAUCAAAAUCAUUUUAGAAGAAAAAUCAAAUUCUAUGAAAAAUUACUUCAUCCAUGCUCAUGAGAUUAUCAACCAAGUGUGCCGAAAAAAAACAAGCGAAAACAAACUGCCAAAGUCGUAUUUAAACAAACAAAAAAACAUAAUCAUUAAAAAUGGCACUGAGAUGAGCUUUGAAUUUAUAGGAAGAUUUUUUUAUAGGAAAUUGAUAUUCAGCGACUUCUCCUCCGUUGGUCGAAAUUAUAGGAUAUAAUUUAUUCUCAAAAAGGGCUAAGAGAAAAUCACAAAUUAAAUAAAAGAAACUGCCCAAAGACCCUGUUCUUUAUGGUAAAAGGUGUUUUUCCUUCUAUAAAAUAAAAACUAUAAAAAAUAAACUGCCUAUAAAAAAGAAGAUGAAAAAAGAACUUAAAAUUAAGUCAAAAUUUAGAGGUACUUUUUGUGCAAUUAUAACAAUACUCCUGCCACGUAGUAUUUAGUAGUAGAAAAAGUUACUCGAAAUUAUAAAUAACCAAGCGGACUGCCCCCUAAGUUUUUGGAGAAAUGCAAAAUUUUGUAUUAUAAUAAUAUGUAAGCACUGUGGACUACUUAAUCGUAAUCGGAAGUCUUCACUCGAAUAAAAAAUUUAAAAAAAAAACACGUCCCAGAUAUUUUGCAAAGCAAAAAUAAAAAAAAAAUUAUUUUUUUUAUAGGAAACUCUAUUUAGUUUAAAAAAAAACGACGAUUAACGGAGGAUUUGAUAAUUAAUUUUAUUAUUAAUAAAUAACCUACUUAACAAUUUAGUUAGAUUAACAAUUUUUUUCUUUAAUUUAAAUUAAUAUUUUUAUUUUAGUCAAAGAAAUAACUACUCUUUGUACAUUUUUAAUAUAAAAUAAAAAUUUGUUGUGAUUAUUUAAAAAAGAAAAAUAAAUUAUAGGAAAAAAACACAUACAACGAACAAAACGAAUAAUAGUGAGUUUAGGGCAAAAUUAUCAUUAUCAACUGAUUUUUAGUUCUUUGCAGCGAAAUUUAAGAACUAUUAUCAGUUGAUCUUGUAUAGAUUUUACUUAGGACCACUCCUUCGUUACAAAAAUAAAAA